CACUGAGCAUAAGUAACUUUGCCGCCAUUAUAACUCUGUGCACUCACCUACAGUUUCUACAGCUUUCUCUAUGACAAAGCUAGAUUAGUUCUAGCUACAGAAAGACAAAGCAACUAGAAACAAGCCUGCAGAAGCUAUACAAGUGUGUAAGAAGGGGUGUAUCUGCAGUGACCUCAGUGACCUAAAGUGGGCCAGCAUUAAGGCCAAGGAUGUCUAACUUCAAGAUGAGCUUUGCAUUGUUGGCACUGCUAGUAAUAACUGCUUCACAAGUUGCCAAUGGACAGAAUCUUGAGCUUGAUUCCUGGGAGUUGGACUUGAAUGCUGGGGUGCUACAGAUAACAGUAGUUGCGAGUUCUCUGGACACUGGCUCUACAGUUGAUUGCACCAAGAUCUCCCUCUCUGACAGACAAACAAACGUGCCAAACUCAGCUUCGACCUAUCAACUGUCUGCAUGUUCAGGAAGAUUUACGAUUGUUGAUAUUUCAGUUUCUAUUUCUCUCUCUACGGAAGAUUUGAAUGCAAUCAAACUCGAUCAGAACUUAGCGACAGGGGAGUUAACUAGCUAUCUUGUGAUUGAGAGUGGAAAUGGCAUUGAAGCCUCAGGCGAUGAAUUACGAGCAUAUCCACUGAGUGAUGCAGAACAGGUGAAUGUGUACGUAGCUGAUAUUAUCAGGCCGAAUGUUGUCCAAGAUGGAUUCGAAAGUUUCGAUUUAAAUUCUGGCAAGUUUACAAUCCGCUAUGAUGAGCCUAUUAACACAGCUUCAGUUGUAUUACCAGGUACUCUGUUCUUUCAGCACCAUGCUGAAAUAUCACUGGUGUCAGACUCAUACAAUGUCCAAGCGCUGACCUGUGAUUCUGCUGACUGCAUGAACGAUGUUAGCAUCACUUUCACGUUCCCUCGCGAAGAACUGAACAGAUUGAAACUGUCCCCUCGGAUUUGCACGUCUGCAUCAGAUUGUUGGCUGACUAUUGCAUCUCCAGGUAGAUUCAUCUCUGAUAUGGCAGGAAACAACGUCAUGGAGAUAGCUAAUGGAGGCAGUGUAACACAGCGAUACUUAGUCUCUUUCACAGAUGAUACAACUGGGCCAGUUCUGGAAGAGUUCACUCUCAAUUUAACUUCUCGUGAAAUACAGCUCACUUUCGAUGAGCCUGUAGCAUUUGACUCCUUCAAUAUCAGUGGUCUUACUGUUCUGGCAGCACCUGGGGUUAGCGAUGAAGCUCUUCUUUAUAGGCUGACCGAGGGUACAAUUCUAACAUCGUCUGGAACUGUAGUUCAAGUCGUUCUUUCCGAUGAAGAUAUAAAUGCAUUGCAAUCGAGACCAGAUUUAGCUACAGCCUUGGCUAACACCUAUCUGAGUAUGGACGCUAAUACUGUACGUGAUAUCACUUAUCCUGAGAACAGGGUGCAAGCUAUUUCAAACGCUAACCCGCAAAUGGCCGCCAUGUUUGUACCGGAUUUAGCUCCACCGCAGAUAAUGACGUUUGAUUUCGACCUUGAUACUAACUCCAUUACGGUGACUUUUACAGAGCCAGUCUUAGUGAGUACGGUAGAUCCUAGCCAAUUGAUCGUCAGCUCUUCACAAGAUGGUGGUGCCGUUACCCGUAAACUAUUACGUGGUGUAAUAGUGCCCACACCACAAGCUGCUUCGGCCGUUAUCACAAUCGAGCUCACAAACGAUGACAUCACUUUCUUGGAGGUCAAUCAGAGCAUAGCCACGAGCAUAACUGACACUUAUCUCUCAACACAAUCUGGACUAGCUCAAGAUACUAACGGCCUCACGAGUGUAGCAGUGCCUCUUUCACAAGCUAUCCAAGUCAGAACCUUCACGGACGAUACCUCACCGCCUACUGUGAUUGACUUCACUCUUGAUUUGAAUAUCGGGGAAUUGGUCUUAACAUUCGACGAUGUUGUUGUUGGUUUAACUUUUGAUGUAAGUGCUCUUACGCUACAGAAUGCAGUCAAUAGGGUACCUAUGGAAUGGCAUACACUGACUUCUGAGUUUUCAUCAAGUUCUAUGGGUGAUGGAUUUUUGAUGCAAGUUACCAUUGGCAUUGUAGAUCUAAAUCGAAUCAAGCAAAUUAGAAAUCUUGCUACAGAUCUGACUAAUACCUUCCUGACAGUCACAGCAAGCGUAGCGGACGACGUGAAUGGAGAAGAUGCUACAGCUAUCACAGAUAGUAAAGCUAUACAAGCCUCACGUUAUAUGCUAGAUGCUACAAGACCUGAGCUGCAAAGCUGGACUCUGGAUAUGAACACUGUGCAAGUCAUUCUAACCUUUACAGAAACAGUUGAUAUUCUCACAUUGCAGCCUGGAAAUGUGCGGCUACUAGCCGGUGCAGGAAGUACAACUGGCUACACUCUUACAGGCUUUAGUGAACUAAUUCCAUCAGAUGCUGAUUAUAUAUUUGCCAUACAACUCUCAGAGGAAGAUGCCAACGCCAUCAAAGCUGACAGAGGGUUGGGAACAUCUAUAGCCGACUCUUACAUAUCAAUCACUAUCAACGCUAUUUCAGAUAUGAAUUUAAACAGAGUGAUAGCAAUCAGUGAAGUACAAGCAUUACAAGCAGAGCAAUACAUGGAAGAUACAACUGUCGCAACUCUACGGGAGUUUUCUCUCAACAUGAACACAGGUACUCUUAUCCUUGCAUUCGAUGAAACAGUUUCAGCCGCCACUUUUGAUGUGACUGGACUAACUCUGGCUAAUCGUGGUCUCAGAUCUACUGUCACGUAUACACUUGUCAAUAGCGUUCCCUCAAAUAUCGACAGUGCAGAAAUUUCCGUUCAACUAAGUAGCUUUGAUUUGAACGCCCUCAAGGCAAUAGACAAUCUAGCCACUGCACCCAGCGAUACCUUCAUCACUAUCCUACCACGAACUGUCGAGGACAUUAACGGAAAUCAAGCGUCUGAAAUUUCAAUCGAUUCUGCUCUGCAAGUGUUCAAUUUUAUACCCGAUAUUACACCUCCUGUACUUACCGGUUUCACUUUCAAUUUGGGCACAGAAAAAAUUUUCUUGACCUUCUCAGAAACUGCUCGAGCUUCAACCUUUGAUCCCUCUCAAGUGACGAUACAGAGCCGAGUUAGCUCCGCCCUCACAGGUACCACUUCACACACACUCACUGGAGGAGAUAUAACGUCACAAGCCGACGGUACUAUCCUGAUUCUACAGCUGGCUGAUGAUGACGCUGAUAACCUGAAAGCAAUGAGCGAUAUAGCCACUUCAGAUACAAAUACUUUUAUCUCUCACACUGCCAACACAGUGCAAGAUGCAGCUGGUAAUGUCGUUGUCGAGGUGCAAUCCACUAACUCUCUACAAGUUGCAAACUUUAUAGGUGAUACAAUUUCACCACAGUUGAUAAGUUUCUCUCUUGAUUUGGACCAACGACUUCUCUCGCUAACUUUUGAUGAAACAAUUUCUUCGCAAACUUUCAGCGUAACUCGAGUCCAACUGCAAGACAGGAGUAGUGAUCCCACACAAACUGUUACCCUCGGGGCUUUUAGUACAACUCUGUCGGCCAAUGGGAUUGUACUGAUUGUCAACCUCUCCGAUACUGAUUUCAAUGCUAUCACGGCUACAUUUCCUCUCGCUACCAUGGAUACGAACACAUUUAUCACAAUUGAUGCUGCAACUAUUAGCGACACAAGUGGCAACUCUGUUGUGCCGAUACUACGAGAUGAAGCCUUACAGAUAACCAGUCACACGGCUGACCUAACGAAACCAACCCUCGAUAGGUACACUCUUGAUUUAAACACCGGAGUGCUUUCACUCACAUUUUCCGAGUCUGUGAAUAUUACAAGUUUCGAUCCCACUCAAAUUACGAUACAAAAUACACCAGACACGCCCACUUCCACUCAUACACUGCUUGGGGGCAUCUCAUUCCUUAGAGUGAGCACAACCAUCGAUAUUGACCUCCUCCCGAGUGAUCUGAACGUGAUAAAGGCGUUGACGGAUUUGGCAACCCUCAGAAGCAACACUCACUUGAGCGUAACCUCGGGAACUAUCAGAGAUAUGAACAACAAUUAUGUACUGCCCCGACCAAUGAAUGAUGCUCUAUUAGUUACUACGUAUAUUGAAGAUCGAAGUGGACCGAUUGUCGAGGGGUUUGAUCUUGAUUACAACACCGGUAUGUUUACUGUGUACUAUGAUGAAACAGUGGACCUCAGUAUAACGCAACCCACGGCAAUAACGUUCCAUAACCAACCAUCUGGAGCACCCCCUGCUACCGCCCACACACUAACAUCAAGUCUGACAUUAGACACUGGGUUGCUGAGCUACAGUCAAAUACAAUUAUCUGACAACGAUUUGAAUGAGCUCAAAAGGCUGCGUAUUUGCAUUGAUUCUUCUUCUUGCUAUCUAUCGGCCACAGCUGUACUUACUCGAGACACAGCUGACAAUCAGAAUGUUAUAGCCCGAGGGGAAUCCGUUGGAUUCUACAUGGCUGAUGUUACCAAUCCUACGGUUUCAAAUUACACCGAAUUUGAUUUAAAUACUGGGACAUUUUCGAUACAAUUUUCCGAAACUGUUGAAGUACAAUCGCUCAAUUUUACAGAGAUCUCUCUCGAUAGUUCCUAUGGCAACGCUUCUCACGUGUUUGCAUUUGCCGAGCUCUCUCCAGUCGGUGAGGACAGUCCGAGCGUGACCUUCCAACUUGGUGGCAAUGAUCUCAACAGGCUCAAGCUAAAUACAGAGCUUUGCACUUUCGAUGGUAACUGUUGGAUACGAUUUUCGAGUAGUUUUAUAUCCGAUGUGAACGGAAACGUUAUUAUUCCAAUACUUGCAAACACGCUGGAUUAUUUCCACCAACCAGAAUCGUUCGUGCCUGACACCACACCCCCUGUUUUGGGAUCGUACAAUAUUGAUCUAGAUUCUGGGGAAAUGUCGUUUACAUUCAACGAAGUUGUACGAGCGGAUACUUUCACUCCGAUGAACCUAACAUUCCAAGAUAAUGCCAUGGCAACGGUUGGCGUCAAUCUACGAGAAAGAGGCGUAUAUUCAAGAAGUGAAAAUGGGCUUCAGAUAAUGUGGACAAUGACAAAAGCUGAUCUUAAUCUGCUCAAAGCUUACGAAACGAUAUUUUCUUCCGAGCAAACCUCGUUUCUAACAUACGAUUAUCUGAUUGAGGAUGUGAGUGGUAACAGUAUCUCACAGCGUACCGAUGGGAUCAACACAUUACAGAUCAAUAUUUUUGUGCCUGAUACCACCAGACCUAGGCUGGAAGAGUUCAAAGCUUUCAAUUUCGAUAACUGGACACUUACGUUGCAAUUUGAUGAAUCGAUAAGUUUGUCGUCAGUCAACCUGACAGAAAUUGCAAUCGCACGAAACGAGAGCUUAAGUUUGCGAAUAUACGAUCGUGAGUUUAUCAACGACUUUUAUUCAGUGUUUUUCCAGAAUGGUACUAUCUAUAAUCUCACGCACACGUUUGCUCCCGGUGAGUAUGUACUGGAAUGCCCUCAGGGUCUCCAUCCCGUACGGAAUCCACCCACGUUCCCACCACCUGUGACCACAACCUUUUCUCCCCCUGAACCUGGAAGUGCCUCAGGCUCAGGAUCUGGGUUAGGAAGUGCUUCAGGAAGUGGUUUAUUAAUGGCAGGAAAUGACACUGAGGAUAAAAAUCUGAUGAGAAUGAUGGAACAAGUGAUGCAAUCAAGCGUGGACGAUCUCUACCCCGUGUUGCUGAGAGGUUGUACUGUCUAUCGGAAUUUGACAGUUGUUGAACCAUUUCAAUUCCUAACAGGAGGAUAUUUAUCAUAUGCAGACGAGCGAAAACAACAAGUGCAAAUAAUGUUCAAUAGAAAUGAUCUCCGAGCUCUCAAACUGAGCCAUGUACUAGCAUCUGAUGACGAUGACACAUGGAUAGCAUUCAACUCCACGUCUCUUACUGACAUGUCCUCCAACCCGGCUAUUCCAACAAAUCUCUUCAAUGCUACUAAACUCAACAACAGAGCUGCUUUUAUCGACGAUAUUACACCUGCUGAAUUAGAGUACGUUGAUUUAGAUAUGGACAGCUCCACUCUCUCGCUACACUUCAGUGAUGUCAUGGACGUGCAGUCAGUUCAGCCAUUGGUUGCAGAGUUUUCAGAUGCAAUUUUGAGCAAUAAUACGUACCAACUGCGAGGGCCGUAUCCGUCUCCUGAGGCACUGACUGUAGACCCUCGGGACGAUUUUACGAUUGUUAUAUAUCUGUCUGUUCGUGAUAUGAACACCCUCAAGAAUAAUCUGAUGUUGGCCACUUCUGUUAACGAUACUUAUGUGCAGUUCAGUUCUCUUAUCGCCACUGACAUUUAUGGCAGACGACCUCAGGGCAUUUCGAUAACUCAAAUUCGAAGCCACAUUCCCGAUACCACAGGUUCCAUUCUGCUUGGUUUUGAUAUCGAUUUGGACUCGGCAAUUCUCAGCCUGUCUUUUGAUGAAGUGGUAAAUCCGAAUACAGUAUUCACUGGUGGAAUAACAAUUCAAAAUUUGCAAAACGAAACCGAAAGCAUGAAUUUUAUAUCGCACACUUUUGUCGGACUUGCUGAGCCUAUCAUAAAUGACACUGGUGUUUCAGUUUUACAGUUAUUGAUCGAUCUCGAUAUGAAUGCUCUGAAAAUUACUGAAAAUUUGACAGAGAAUGAGAAUAAUACGUUUAUAUCGCUAGAAAUAGGCACUGUACUGGAUAUGAACGAUAAUGAGAAUCAAGUGGUAAGUACUGACAAUGCAGUGCAAGUCACCAACUUCACGAUUGAUACCACUCCUCCUAGUCUGCGAUAUUUCGAUCUAAACUUGAACGAUAAUUAUCUCAUUUUGAAGUUCUCGGAAGCAGUGGUUCCAGGCAUUGGUAUAUUUAAUCCGUCUGGUCUUACAAUUCUAAAUUCUCCAUUUGAUACUGAACUUGAAAGAUUGGAUGGCCUCGAUCAAAACUCUCGAAUUUUCCAGCGUGAAUUCAACUCUCUGAUUUUCAUUGAGUUUACCGUUGCCGAUGAAAACAUUAUCAAGGAUCCAAGAUCUCCACUCGCCAAAUCUCUAAAUUCCUCAUUUCUGAGUAUAGCGUCUUCAACAGCACAGGACUAUUAUGGCUUUAAUGUUAUACAGAUUAACGAUACUGAAGCUGUACAAGCCAGACUGUAUUUCGAAGACCUCACAUGCACGGGACUAAUGGCUUCAUUAUACAUCAAUGAUACCACAUCACCAUUAUUGGUAGCGUUCACAGUCAACAUGAACGAUGGCAUCCUGAGUCUAACAUUCGAUGAGACGGUAGAUAUAUCCACUUUUGCAGCCACAGAGCUGACACUAGUCGACUCAUCACCAAAUCCAGUUACUACUUAUACUAUACUUGACCCUGGACUAUUAUUGAGUCCUGAUGACAAUACAGUUGUCACAUUUCAACUAAGUGCGGAUGAUUUAAAUGCUAUUAAGUUCGACAGCCAGCUGUUUGUAACAUCCGGUACCUCAUACAUCACUCUUAGCGAGGGCACGAUUAUCGAUAUGUCUGGGAACACAGCUGGACUGAGACUCGCCGGGAAUGCAACCGGACCAGGUACCUAUAGUCCCGACACAGAACCUCCUAACCUCGCUGCGUUUGACCUGAAUCUUAACAGCAGCACAAUCUCUCUAACUUUCGAUGAGUCGGUGUCUGACCUGGAUGUUAACCCCAACUCAGUGACACUUUUAAACGGACCUGGAGACAGUUUCACACGAAGCUACACUCUCCAAGGAGUGAGAGAUACUGAAAGUGUGAGCAAUCUCGGUUUAACCAUCUCUUUCGGACUCACCAUUCAAGAUCGAUGGGAGUUGAAAGCAUACGAGGACUUUGCCACCGAGCCUAACAACACGUUCCUUGUCACUACAGAUCAGUUGAUAACGGACAGAAGCCGAUUGGCUAACAGGAAUAGGCCAAUCAAUAUUUCAGAUGCUCUGCAAGCUAGUACCAUAUUUGAUGAUCGUAUAUCGCCACAACUUGUGCAGUUUGUAUUGUUUGAUUUAGACGAUGGUACUCUAGAACUUGAAUUCAACGAACCAGUAAAUGCAUCAUCGGUGAAUUUCGAAAAGAUUACCCUUCUAAAUUCAGAUAUAUCUCCAAGUAGCCAAUAUAAUCUGACAGGAGGUAGCUCUGCAUAUGGUACUAGCCAGUUACGAACAUCGGUUGUCUUGACGAUCUCCGCUGAUGACAUCGCUGCUAUUAAGCUUGACCCUAGCCUUGCAACGGACGAUCCUGAUCCAGAUACAUUCGUUCAAAUUGAAUUUGGCGCUAUUUUGGAUCAGGCAGGAAAUAAUGUUCAAGCAUCCGAAAUUUUGCAGGCCGAUAGGUUCAGCAGAGAUCGAACUGGACCAGAGGUCACAGGGUUCAAAUUGGACAUGAACGAGGGAACUCUGCUGAUUACUUUCAGUGAUAUUCUGCAAAUAGAGCCGAUAUCAGGAAAUAUGCAACCUGUUGAAAUUGGUGGUAUUGGUAUACAACGUGACGCUACUGGAAGCUUCACAAACGACAGAGUGUUAUUGACCUCCCAACUUGACCAAGACGCCAUCACUAACAGUACUAACGGCUUUGUGCUGCUUGUGUUCAUUCCAGUAGCAGACUUGAACCGUCUUAAAGCUAACACUGAUUUAGCAACUACCAUUAACAACACAUUUCUGACUAUCACUGCUGAAACCAUCGAGGAUGUGUACGAGAACAAUGUGAUUCCAAUCGUACGUGAGAAUGCAUUAUCAGCAUCUGAUUAUUGCCCGGACAUCACUAGCCCAAAACUGGAGAUGUUUCGAUUAUCUAUGAACGGGGAAAAUGGCGCUUUAGAUCUCACAUUCUCUGAAGCAGUCGAUCCUUUCGAUCUAGAUGUAUCUCAGAUAACACUUGUCGGAAAUUCUAGCGAAAAUUUUACAAUCACUAGCAGGAACUUCAUAAGAGUACCACCAAGAAUGGUCGUGACGAUAAGCCUCGGAAGAAAUGAUUUAAAUUCCAUCAAGGCACUACCUAAUCUCGCUACUGGGCUCGAAAAUACGUUUCUAACAAUUACAGAAUUUGCCGUCAACGAUACGAGUGAGAACAGACUGACCCCUCACUACACCCCCCUGCAAGUAACCCCCCAGUUCCGGCCAGAUCGUACCCCCCCAGUCGUCGACAGAUUCGAGCUAGAUAUGAACAGAGGGGAGAUAUAUUUCUCGUUUUCGGAAACUGUCAACGGAAGCAGUUUCGACCCAAUGCAAGUCACUAUCCAGAGUGCUACGAAUUUGCCUCAAUUUGUGCUCACACUGAGCAAUGGCUACUGGGUGGAGCAAUUCUCCAAUGAACUAACAGUAACCCUCACUAUAAGCGACUUGAAUGAACUGAAGCGUUCAAUCGGAUUGGCUGACUCGACAUCCACAACUUUUGUCGCUCUAACAGAGGACACUAUACGAGACAUGCUUAGCGAUGGACAAAGCAAUACAAUAACACCAAUCUCAAUGUUUAGCGCUCGGCUGGUUGAUUUUUUCACUCCUGAUGAAACCCCGCCUCUCUUGGCCGGCUUCUCGUUGAAUUUAACCGCAGAAACUUUAUCACUGACUUUCGACGAGACCGUGGAUGUAUCCACGCUAAUGAUUGAUCUGAUAACGUUGCAAGAGUCGUCAUCAUUGGUACCGGAACUUGGAUCAGCGAGUGGUAGUGGAUCUGGUAUGGGAAAUUCCGGGAGUGGACUGGGUAGUUUUGACAUGAUUGUGGAUGUUGUAUCGACUACCACUCUAACCGUUGGCAUGGAGAAUAGCAGCUACACUGUCAGUCAAGACUCAACUGUGAUCGUUAUAAAUCUUGGGCCCGAUGAUUUGAAUAAUCUCAAGUUGCAGACAGACCUUGCUACGAAUGCCAACAACACUUUUAUUACAUUCCCAAACAGUACUAUUCUAGAUAUGAAUGGGAAUCUGGUUGUGCCUGUAUCGGAUACCAAUGCACCACAAGUGCAAACUUUCUUCCCUGAUCUAGUAGAUCCGGAAUUGGUUCGCUUUGAUCUGAAUCUAACCAGCGAAACGCUCGUCCUCACCUUCUCUGAAGUUGUGAAUGUUUCUUCUAUCGAUAUUUCUCAAUUUACUCUUCAGAGUGAAUUUAGCAGUAACUCCUUGAGCACUGAGAUGCGUACGCUAACAGUCGGAGAGAUUAAUGGUACAACAACAUCUUCUGAGAAUGGACUAGAAGUGACUUUGUUUUUGGGAGCUGAUGAUUUGAAUGAAAUCAAGAGACUGGCGUCCCUAGCAACAUCAUCUGAUAACACUUAUAUAGUAGCCACCAGUGAUGCUAUUAGAGAUAUGAACAUUAACCCUCUUGUUCCUGUGGUUGACGGACUCCGAGUCACACUAUUCACACCUGAUGAGAUUAACCCUUACCUAGCUGCAUUUAACCUUGACGUUGAUACCGGUACUCUCACUCUUGAAUUCUCUGAAACUGUAAAUGCAGAAUCAUUAAAUGUUUCGCAUAUUACACUUCAAUCCAGUCCAUCAGCCCUGGGGCAAUACUACACACUGACAGAAGCUAGCUCUACCAGUAGCGCUGAUAAUACUACCAUUACAAUGGAUAUUGGAAGAAAUGAUUUGAACGCCAUCAAAUUUCUCACUCAGUUAGCGCAAGAUUCAAAUUCUACUUUUAUUUCAAUCGGUGAUAAAACCAUUUCAGAUAUGAAUGGAAAUUCUGUCGUUGCAGUGUACUUGACAAUGGCCCUACAAGUGUCCACUUAUAUACAGGACGUUACUGGCCCAAUAAUAGAAUCAUUUGAUACUGAUAUUAAUAGCGGAGUUCUAACGCUGCACUUUGAUGAAACUGUUAAUGUCAGUACAGUAUUGUUCAUGCUUGUAACUAUACAAGACAGCACCCCCCCAGGCAUUUCAUACUACAACUUGACAGGAGGUACAAUUCUCAUCGAAGAUACGCCAGACGUGCAAAUUCUACUAACAUUCGAAGAUCUAAAUGUUCUAAAGCUAGAUACUAACCUAGCUACCGGUCCUAACGACACGUUUAUUGAGCUGUACCCUGGAGCUGUACUCGAUUUAUCUCUUGCAAGAAAUCCAUCUUUUGCAGACAGUUUACGAGUCAGUGCUUACACUCUCGACUCUACUAGUCCUAUUCUAACUAAUGUAUCCAUUAAUCUCAAUGCUGGAAUAAUCACUUUGAAUUUUGACGAGCCUGUGAACACUACUAGCUUUGAUCCGACUGGAAUUACACUGACUGAUAAUCGUGAUGGCGAUGUAACAUACCAAAUUACAGGAGGGGAUACAAGAAGCCCAGAUGGUCUAGUUAUUGUACUGGACGUUGCUGCUGGAGACCUGAACGAGAUUAAAAGAUUAGAGGUACUUUUCGUGAAUAUUGAGACCUCCUUUGUUGCCAUAUCUGCAAAUUUGAUUGCUGAUAUGAAUCGUAACCAAGUGAUAGAGAUUACAAUCUCAGAUGCUCUCCCGGCUAGUGCUUUUGUCAACGACACCACUCGACCGCAACUGGUCUAUUUCGAUCUCGACUUCAACUCAGGUGUGGUAACUUUGGAAUUCUUGGAAACUGUUAACACAAGUUCUAUCGAUUUCACCGGCAUUACAUUCCAGACAAGUUCCAACACUAGCAUCCAGUACACGCUGACGUCUGGGGAACUACUGAGCAGUUUAGACUCUACUAUGGUGCAAUUCUCCAUAUCUGUGAAGGACCUGAAUGCCAUAAAGGCCAGACAGAUUGCUCUCUCCAGGGCUACCACUUGGAUCACACUGACAAACUUCACUAUCUUGGACCAAAAUCAGCAGCCGAAUAUACCACUCACGAAUGGUGUGGAUGCUCGAAGAGUUAGGGACUACAAUUCAGACACAACAAAACCAUUUUUGAUGGAGUACGUACUAAACUUGAAUUUAGACUUACUGGUGUUAUCGUUCUCAGAAACUGUUAAUAUUUUCAGCACUCUGAAUGUUGAAGGUUUCACGUUGCUAUCUGAGGCGGAUGCUAAUCUCAUUAGUGACCCUCGUACCCACACCCUCGGGCUAGACGUGAACAACACAGGCCCUGUUGAGUAUAUAUUAUACUCUGACAUUGUUGCCAUUGAGAUUGGUCGACUAGACUUGAACGAAAUCAAACGUAUCACGCAGUUAGCAACAUCGGAAAAUAAUACUUUCCUGUCGAUCUUAUCCACUGCAGUUUCAGAUAUGAACCUCAAUUCAGUAGUACCUAUUUCACUCUCAGACCCCCUGGCCGGGAAUUUCAUUCAAGAUAUGGUACCCCCUGUGCUGGAAGCAUUUGAUUUAAAUAUGAACGAGGGUAUACUGACUUUGUAUUUCUCUGAAACGGUAAAUCCCACAACGUUUGAUGCAGCCCAGUUGACGCUACAGUACUCACAAGACUCCACUGGGAGUGUGCACUAUCACGUAUUAACGGGAGGAAUAGUUGGGACUAUCGUAGAUCCGAUUGUGGUUGUCCAAUUAAACACUCCCGAUUUGAACGAUAUCAAACGCAUUCCUCAGUUAGCUAUUUCUUCUGAUACCACUUUUGUCCGACUAGCCAGAGGAGCUAUUAGAGAUAUGAAUGAUAAUUACGUUGCAGCCAUCUUUGAAGACAAUGGCCUCCCAAUCACUCUCUUCACUCCUGAUAUCACCAGACCAGAGCUAGUGAGUUAUGAUCUAAAUCUGAGCAUGGAAAGACUAACUCUUACUUUUACCGAGACUGUGAACGCAAGUAGUGUGGAUACGGACGGUAUUGUGCUGCAGAAUGCUAUUUUCAGCGACCCCCCACAUCUCCGACGCUUGGCGGGGGGUACUGUACUCACAGCGGAUGAUACAGUUGUUGAUAUACAAUUAGAUGCUGAUGAUUUGAACUACAUCAAGAGCAUUGCUAAUCUAUGCACUGGAGUUACUGAUACGUUCAUACGAAUUGAGAAUUACACAAUUGCAGAUAUGUUUGAUAAUGUAGUCGUGGAGAUAAUCAACGGCAGAGCUAUACUAGUAAAUAUAUUCACAGCUGAUGAUGUUCGUCCUGUUUUUGAGGGGUUCAAUUUCGAUUUAAACAUUGGAACAAUCACUCUAACAUUCAACGAAACUGUAAAUACGUCGACGCUCUUAGUUGAUGCUGUUACUAUUCAGUCAGACUUCACUGGCUCCACUCAGUACACGUUUACUGCAGAGUCAGGUACCCUAUCCACCAGUCCUGAUUGGCCAGUUAUCGUCAUAGCAAUCAGUGAAGCGGACCUGAACCAAGUGAAAAGAUUAACUGACCUAGCUACUUCGGUUAACAACACAUAUCUCUCGCUAACUGAUCUAGCUAUUCAAGAUACUAACAAUAAUGCCGUUGUACCGCAGAUUCUACCAGUUAGUGAUUACACGUCGGAUACAACACCUCCUGGUAUUCGAUAUUUCACUCUUGAUCUAAAUACGGGACAACUCCGCUUUAGUUUCUCUGAGACCAUCAAUAUAUCAUCACUAGACCCGUCGCAAAUCACUCUCCAGAGCACAAGUGUUGAAAUGCCUUCAGCGACUAACUUCACUCUAACUGGAGGCUAUGUUAGGACAAUGGCAGACAAUAACACAGCAACUAUUGAGUUUCUUAAGCAGGACCUAGAUAUCAUCAAGGGUCUUCUACCACUAGCAUCGAGUUUACUCAGUACGUACAUUUCUGUGACGGGCUUUUGGGUAGCAGAUAUGAAUGGAAAUUAUCUUGUGCCUAUAGAAACGUCAAAUGCACGUUCUGCCGAUGAUUUUGUACCUGAUGUCACAAGUCCAGUGCUGGAUGCAUUCUCACUUGAUAUGAACACUGGAACACUUUCUCUUUCAUUUUCGGAAACUGUCGACUACAGGACGUUAAAUUUCAUCGAGUUUCAAUUGCAAGAUAACGUAAUUGCAAAUAGUACAUUUCAAUUUACAACGAGUAUGUUUUCAACUCAGUUUCAACCCGUGGUUACCGUGGUUAUCAGUAAGUCCGAUCUCGAUCGUCUAAAACAGAACAGACAAGUUGGAACACGAAUGAACGACACCUACAUCUCCGUGACCAAUCUUACCAUAUUCGACACCAGUGCUAACUCGCUCAUACCCAUUCCAGAGAGUAUGGGGCUUCAAGUGGCUAACCACACCCCUGAUACCACACCCCCUGAGUUAGAGGGCUUCGAUAUCGACCUAAACACUGGUCUCAUCACUUUAUCCUAUUCUGAAACUAUUGACAUACUUAGUCUGGAUCCUACAAAGAUCACUCUGCAAAACGCUGCAUUUAUCGGGUCCAGGCAGUUCACUCUACGUGGAGGGUACGUGAACCCCCAGGAUGAUACAUUUGCGACUGUUUUAAUCACCAUCGAUGAUUUGAACGAGAUCAAAAGAUUAAUAGAUCUUGCAACGUGUACAGCAGCCGAUACUUAUCUGUCUUUAGUAUCAGUAGAGUCGCAGAAUACGACUGAUGUUGUCAAUGCAACAAGUUCUAUUAAUGCAACUGGCUCCAUUAGCGGCUCAGGAAGUGAAAGUGGGAGUGGCCUAUUGAUAUUGGAGGCGGAGAUGUCGUCACAAAUUCGCGAUAUGGCCGGAAAUUUGGUAGUCUCAGUUCAAGAGGAGGUGGGCUUGAGCGUUGCCAUGUGUACAGCGGACAUAACGCCCCCUCAACUAGUGAACUUUACGUUGAACAUGAACGAUAGUAUUCUCAUUCUCACAUUUGAUGAAACUGUCAACACAAGCUUGAUAGAUGUGACACAGAUAACGUUUUUCAACAAUGGUGAGAAUUCUACGCAAUCGUACCAACUAACAGCUGCCUAUGCUGCAAACGAGGAGUUGACGGGACAAGUUAUCGUUGUGGUGAUAGUGUCGAAUACAGACCUCAAUGAACUGAAGCGUAGAGAGGCCCUAGCAACUGGUGAUAGCAACACUCAGAUAUCUAUCACAGAGUACUUGGUUCAGGAUAUGAACAGGAAUCGAAACAUUCCAAUCUCCAUGUCCGAUGCAAUUUCAAUAUUAUCUUUUAUUCUGGACACCCGUGCCCCGGCUCUGAUAUCGUUUAUGCUUGACCUCACAGCUGAGACUUUAACGCUAAGCUUCUCGGAAACAGUGAACGCAUCAUCUCUUAUAGUUCAGUCAAUUACCAUUCAAAAUGAUAAUUUCACCACCUUCCACACGCUCAGCAGGGGGUAUUUCCUUACCCCCCGUGAAGCAGGCCCCCCACUAGGACCAAACGAUCCUAUUAUUGUGAUUAGAUUGAAUGAUACGGACUUGAACUACAUCAAAACUGACACCGAGUUAGCUACUAGCAUUGACGAUACAUGGAUCUCCAUAGCAACCACCACUAUCGCUGAUAUGAAUAGCAAUCUAGUGGAAGAAAUAAUAUCGUCCAAUCCCCUUCAAGCAAGUGCGUUCAAUGAAGACACUCUCAGUCCAUUUUUAGUGUAUUUUGACAUCGAUUUAAAUACUGGACAACUAUUCUUAUCAUUUGACGAAUCUGUCAAUGUCUCUACAUUGCAAGUGGACGGAAUUACGCUGCAAGCAUCUGCAUUCUCAAUGCCAGAAGAUCAGUUCACAUUCUCAAUGCAAAGUUCCUACUCUGUCAGUCUGAAUCACCCGGAGAUUAUUAUCAAUAUCGGUAUCGAAGAUCUGAACGAGAUAAAGAGGCUCACUCAAAUUGCUUCCUCUGGUAACGAUACCUACCUGACUUUUACAGACUUUGCAAUUCUCGAUAUGAACGGUAACAAUGUUGUUGCUAUUAGCAAUGGCAAUGCGGCACAGGUCUCCAUCUUUAUACCUGAUACUACAAACCCAAGACUUGAUUCUUUCACACUUGAUUUAAACAUGGGUACUCUGCACCUUACGUUUGAUGAAACAGUUGAUUUCAGAUCACUGAAUUUGACCACCCUAGCUCUACAAAAUGAGUUGUUCUUAGACAUGGUCCGAGUCUCCGUUACAGGUGGUGGUGUGGAUAAUGAUGAGGAUAGCACUGUUGUCAAUAUCACUCUGGAUAUUGGUGACUUGAACGAGAUUAAACGGCUUCGUCCCCUAGCAACCACGCUUAAUAACACGUAUAUCACCAUAGCAAUGGGCGGAAUCAUUGACAUGAAUGCCAAUCCAGUAGUGUCCAUAAGUUCCAGCGAAGCUUUGAGAAGCUCCAUUUUUAUUCCUGACCUAACCACUCCGAAUCUUGUUUCAUUCGACAUUAAUCUCAAUAUUGGAAUACUUAUUCUCACAUUUGAUGAAACGAUAGAAGCAGAUUCUCUGAACUUGACCGAGAUUACGCUGCAAGAUGAACGAAUGGCAACUAAUAUCAACAACACCUACACGUUGUCCGGAGGUCAAAGGUCGACUGAUGACUCCACGGUCCUUGUUAUUGAAUUCUCAUUCUUGGAUCUAAAUGAGAUCAAGAAAAUACGCGGACUUGCAAGUGAUGGGAAUGGUUCAAACACAUUUAUCUCUGUCACGAAUCUCACUGUUGUAGAUAUGAAUGAUAAUUUGGUAGUUGCUCUACCAGAUGGUAAUGCAUUGCAGGUGUCUAAUUUCACUGAAGAUAUAACCUCACCGGAAUUAGUCAGUUUUGAUUUGGAUAUGAACACUGGUAUUCUAGCUCUCAAUUUCUCUGAAACAGUGGAUACAAUGACAUACAAUGUUUCCCAGUACACACUACAGAAUGUCCAGGACACUAACAACACAGUGGUAGUGGAACAGUACAGUCUAACUCUGGCUAAUCUGCUGACUGGAGAUGAGGUAGAGAUCGCACAAGGAUUGCUAUAUCUCGACUUAAAUGCCAUCAAGAGUCUUGGAAACCUUGCAACCUCACUAGCUGAUACCUACCUUGUGAUAACAGACGCGGCCAUUAGAGAUAUGAAUGGUAAUCAAGUGGUAGCAAUCUCAACAAAUAAUGCGAUUCGAGUUUCGAAUUUCACACUUGAUCGAACUCGACCUGGGUUGGUAGGAUUUGACCUUGAUAUGAACUUGGGUACCGCUACCGUAACGUUUACUGAAACAGUUAACGUAUCUUCCCUUGAUGUAACUCAGAUUACAUUCAUCGAUGAUGAUAUAGUACCAACGCAAGAGUUCAUUCUAACUGACUCAAGUUACAGCGUUUCGAACAAUCAGCCUAUUAUUGAACUACAAAUUGGAGAUCGAGAUCUUAACGAACUGAAGAGAUUAUUGAUGCUAGCCGUUUCAGAUAAUACAACUUACAUGACCAUCACGGAGUUUACGCUGAGAGAUGCAGCUGGGAAUAUGAACCUCCCUAGAAACACAACUCUCGUUAAUUUGUUUACUGCAGAUACGACCAAUCCAGUUCUACUAUCGUACGAUCUUGAUUUAUCGCUGGACUUGUUGACGCUGCGAUUUAGCGAGACUGUUAGCGGAAGAACGCUAGAUCUCACUCAACUGACGUUUAUCAGUGAAUCUCUGACUUCAGGAAGUGGGAGUGGAAGUGGCAGUGGGAGUGGUCUUAGAUUAACGGAUAUGGAUAUGCUAACAAAUUUCACACUAACGGGUGGUGAAAAUAUUCCACUAGCAUUUGAUAGCACAAUGUUUCAGAUACGACUCACAUUUGAUGAUCGUAAUGAAUUGAAACGAUUGACUGAUCUAGGUACAUCCUCCGCUAACACUUACAUAAUCAUUGGCAGCACUUUUAUUGAGGAUACGAAUGGCAAUCAAAUAGUAGCCAUUAAUACAACAGACCCACUGCAAGUUACCAACUACACUGCAGAUAUAACACGCCCCAGGCUAUUGAGAUAUGAUCUAGACAUGGAUACACGAUUGCUAACUCUGUAUUUCAGCGAAACAGUUAAUGUGAUGACACUAAACGUUAGCGGUAUUACUCUUCAGUCCAGUCAAGAACUACUGGGUGGAGUUUCGCAAGCCCACUCACUUGUGGGAUUAGGUGAUCCUUUUGGAAGUUUUUCGACUAGUGAAAACGGACCUCAAGUAAUUAUUUCAAUUGGAGAAACGGAUGCAAAUAGAAUUAAGUUCCUGACAGAUUUGGCUCAGAGCUCAAACAACACAUUUAUUUCUGUUACCAAAAAUGUAAUUGAAGACAUGAACGUGAAUAAUCUGAUUCCCAUUCUUGGUUCCAAUUCAACAGAAGUAACAGUCUACAUUCCGGACAUGACUGGUCCUAUUCUCCGGAGCUUCAGUCUCAAUUUAACUGCCGAGACGAUUAUUUUAUCGUUUGAUGAGACGGUAGAUUUCUCAACUAUUCAGCCCAUCCUAGUCACACUUCAGAGCUCUUUGUCCGCACCUGUCAGCCUGUACUCCCUGAGUACGACCGUUCCAAUUGGAGAGAAUUCUCAUAUCUUAGUGCUCAAUCUAACAGCUACGCAGAUGGAUCUCAAUCAGAUAAAGCUUCGCACGGAAUUGGCUACGAAUGUCAAUAAUACGUUUGUCCAACUAUCGAGUGGUGCUAUUUCCGACCUCGCACAACAAGCCAAUCCGAUACUAACCAUGGUACAAGAAGCCGCUAGUUUUGCAGAUGAUGCGAUUCAACCAACUCUGAUUUCUUUCAGCAUCGAUGUUAAUGCUAGUCUACUCACGCUAGUGUUUGAUGAAGCUAUAAACGUGAGCUCACUGGAGCCUACUGCCCUGAGGCUACAGAACGCAAGCUCUCCCCCCAUCUCCUACGUUGACCUGACAGGUGGCGUAAGCUUGGACAUUAAUGGAUUGGUCGUUAACCUUGUUAUCACAAGAAAUGAUCUCAACCGUAUCAAGCAAAUUGAGAACUUGCUAGUUAGCUCCGAAACAUCGUACCUCAGUUUCACAUCGGAUUUGAUCGCUGACAUGAAUCGCAAUCCCGUUGUUGCCAUACCAACAACAAUUGCCAUCGGUGUUACAACAUAUAUGAAUGAUACGUCAAAUCCGCAAAUUACUGGUUUCGAUUUGGAUAUGGAUCGCGGUAUUCUCUCAGUAUACUUCUUGGAAACUAUCAACGUAUUUUCAGUAAACUACUCAUGCUUUUCGCUUCAAGCUAGUUUCUCAGGCCCACCGAAUCUCAUACUAACAGGGGGUGCUCUGUUAAUGCCGUACCAACCAGGUGAACUAUCGUUUAGUGGUAGCAGUAGUGGAUCUGGAUCUGGAAGUGGUAGUGGUAAUGGUAAUGGUGGAAGUAACAGAACCGGAGUACCUGCGCAUAUGAUCACAUCAGAAAUUGCCUCGGGUCAAUUUAUUGAUGAUUUUGUUAUACUAACGAACGAGGAAGCACAACGAGAUACGACAGCUAUUUUCAUCAAUAUCACACUGAGCGAUCUGAACGCAAUCAAGGCUCUCCAGAUAGGCGAGAAUGAAAUGACAUCAUGGCUAGUAGUGGAAUCGUGUGCUAUCAGAGAUCAGAGUGACUUGGCCGUAGUUCCGAGGAAGAGUGGAGUGAAUGCUUUGGGAGUACGAGCAUACGUACCUGACACCACCACUCCUCAACUACAAGAGUUCGAUCUUGAUAUGAACCUUGGUCUACUGACACUCAGAUUCUCCGAAACGGUUGUCGGGGCAACGCUAGACGUGGCUACGAUUACGCUUCAAGCAGUUGCAAAUUCAAACCUCAAUUCAACUCUAAUGCAUACCAUAGAUUUCAACAGCUAUCUCCCCGGUGUGGAUUAUGCCUCAGGCCUUAGCCCUGUACUAACUGUGCAGCUGAAAAUAUUGGACAUCAACGAAAUUAAACGUCUAACUUUACUAGCUACCUCAAUAAAUAAUACGUACAUUUCCAUCGGCAUGACAACGAUUGAUGACACAAAGGGAAAUCCCGUGGUAGCCAUUUCACGCUCGAAUGCACUGCCUAUUACAAACUACACAAGUGAUACUACUAAUCCUACAUUCAUCAGUUUUGAUCUCGAUCUAGACAGGAAUAUUUUAACACUCACUUUCGAUGAAACUGUCAGCGGAUCAUCGCUACGGGAGACGGAGAUUAUAUUGCAACAGUUUCAAGCUAGUUUCCCUGGUGAUGAAUUUUAUCAGCUCGUUGGCAGUCGCCAUGACGACUACGAGGAUACAAUUAUCAGAAUAUAUCUUUCUUUCGAGGACAGCAAUGAUCUGAAGCAGAUGCUUAAUUUAGCCACACGCCCUCGAAACACGUGGAUUGUCUUCUCCGAGCUUUUGAUAACUGAUACAAAUUCCAAUCCAGUGGUCCCCGUUCCAAACGAUGCCCAGAUCUACAAUCGUGUGAUAAACUUUGUACCAGAUAUGACUCCACCCCAACUGACCAGCUUCAGUCUCAAUAUAACAUCAUCGACACUCUUUCUAACUUUCUCGAAGACUGUUAGCGUGGGAACAAUCAAUUUACCGUCAUUGGUUAUACAGAAUUCCGCAGAUUCCCUGAUAGUAUACCACAGGCUGACUAACGAGAAUGUGCUUAGUACUGACAUUGAUAGUGCGUUUAUCGAUAUUCAAUUGUCUUUGAACGAUUUGAACAAUAUCAAACGAUUUCGGGAACUAGCCACAAACCGAAACAACACUUUCGUUUCUCUAACAAAUGAUUUUAUCGAAGACACGAAUGAAAUUUCAAUAACUACAAUUAAUACCACGAAUGCUUUGCAAGUAACUGCUCUAAUUGAUGACUUUACUCAACCGGAACUCGGUUAUUUCGACCUUGAUCUCACAGCUGAACUUUUAGUUCUCGUAUUCACGGAGACAGUGGACGUUACUGUCAUGGAUUUCCAGCAGAUUACAAUCCAACAGGAUGCUAUUUUGACCGAGACAACAGAGAGCUAUACGCUAACAGGAGGUGUGGUUGUUGUUGAAAAUCGCUAUGACGCAACCGUAACUAUCAAUCUAACUGAUGUUGAUCUGAACGCUAUCAAGGCUCUCUUCAACCUUGCUAUAGAUCCGGAAUCUACUUACAUAUCUUUCCCAAGUUCUCUAGUGAUUGAUUUGAACUAUAAUCCUGUGGUGGCCAUCGCAACCUCUCAAGCACGACAAGUACGAGUGUACAGCGUUGACUCCACUUCACCUGUCCUAACCGACUUCGAGUUGAGCCUGGACUCUGAGACCCUCACUCUGUAUUUCAGCGAGGUUAUUAAUAUCGAUACCUUCGACCUAUCGAAUGUGAUUAUCCAAGGAUCCAGUUCUGUACAACCUCCACCAUUCGUACAACUUACCACUGGUGAUUAUAUGACAGUCAACGACACUUCCAUCUCUGUGUCCCUAUCAAGAUUCGAUCUGAACAAUCUGAAGCGUAACACUGAGGUAGCAGUGAGCUUGGCAGAUACAAACAUCGUUUUUGCUGCUCCAAUUAUACAAGAUACGAAUGGCAAUUUCAUAACUCUCAUACCCAGCGAUAUGCCAUUGCAGGCUCAGAAUUUCACUGAUGAUUCACUUCCACCGAUUUUAGAGAGUUUCGAUCUUGACUUAAAUACUGGCACACUCACACUAUCAUUCAACGAGACUGUUGAUAUACAGACUCUAGAUCUCUCGUCUCUGACCUUUCAGUCCGGACCCAAUGGGUCAAUUUUGAAUGAAUCUGUCUACACGCUAAACGGAGGUGAUAUUGUCACGGCAAUUAACGAACCUGUGAUUGUUAUCGAUCUAUCCAUAGCUGAUUUGAACGAGAUCAAACGAAUAAGCGUGUGUACAUCACCAUUUGAUUGUUUCCUGUCGUUUCCAAUGGAUACAAUUCGUGAUAUGACUCAACUGCUGAUUGACGCUAUACCAAGCACCAGUGCAAUGCCUGUAACCAACUAUACCUUCGAUACUACCCCACCACGACUUGUUGAUUUUAUCGAGAUUGAUCUAAACAACGGUACAAUUACACUGGAGUUUGAUGAAACUGUUAACGUCAACAGUAUCGAUUUCGCUGGUGUCGUUCUGCAAAAUUUCUUCCGUGAAGCAGAAUCAGUUUUCACUCUAGUGGGAAGUUUCUCUCUAUCAGACAACGGUACUCUAGUAGUCGUGACGUUAUCUCCUGAGGGCAUUAUUGCACUCAAGGAAAACGAUCGCGUGUGUUCUGGAAUCAACAAUUGCUGGAUACAAGUACUAAUGAAUUCCAUACAAGACAUGAAUGGGAAUGGAAUUAUGCAAUUUUCCGAUACGGACGUUCUAUUUGUGCAGAAUUUUAUCGAUGACAACGAACGACCAGUUCUUCUCAUGUACUCGCUAGACAUGAACGAAGGUAUACUAGAGUUUACCUUUAAUGAACCCGUACGGCCCACCACCCUCAACCCACUGGGGAUAUAUAUCCAGCCGAGUGCAAACUCCUCCCAAUUUGUGCAGCUGUCUCGGGAUUCGAGCACACCCAGCGGCAACAGCCCAGUAAUCAUUAUCAAUCUAUCAUUUGACGAUUUAUCGCGGCUCAAAGCAACGGAAUUUGCUAAAUCUAUCAACGACACAUAUUUGAGAAUAAAUGCGUUUGCAGUCAGUGAUAUAGCCGUACGACAACCCAACCAAGUGGUACCGAUAACCAAUGGCAACGCAUUGCAAGCAGCAGUGUAUAUUGCAGACGUAACUCCACCACAGCUGGCAUCGUUCACGCUAGACCUAUCAGAAGAGCUGCUUUUGCUGACUUUUAAUGAACCGAUUAGACCCUCCACCCUGGAUGUAACACAAGUAUCCCUACAAUCCUCCGGGGUAAAUUUUGGAGACUUGAUUGUCAUAGAACUAACGAGUGGAACAGUGGCGGGAGAGAUGGUAUUCGAUGGAGUUUUCACUUUCAGUAUUGAGAUAAAUCGCCAGCAAAUCAUGAUGCUGAAACUGAAUGAAGACAUAGGAACUGGAACUGACAACACUUUUAUUACUCUAACCGCUAGCACACUUACGGAUAUGGCCGGCAACUAUGUUAUGCCUAUUCUUCCAGAUUCUGCACUGCCUAUUUCUGAAGUUAUACCAGAUGUCAGUCAAGCUACUCUCGAUACUUUCACUUUUGAUAUGAACAGUGGAGAACUGGCACUCACUUUCACCGAUGUGGUUGUCCCGGCAACGCUUCGUCCCAUGUCUAUACGAAUCCAAGAUCAGAGUUUGGCCAACACGUAUGUAACGCUCACUGCUGGCAGCAUCUCAAAUAGCCCGGAGGGUUAUGUUGUCAUAGUAAAUAUAUCAGUUGCCGAUUUGAAUGCAAUCAAGUACGAUACAGACCUUGCUACAGAUUUAAACAACACCUAUGUUAUUGUGCGAGGCGAUGCAGUGAGAGAUCUGCAGAAUAGCGAUACAGUACCUAUUACUGAUGGAAACGGAAGAAUGGCCUCAGGCUAUGUACCCGAUAUGAAUGCACCUGUAUUGCAGGGAUUUUCCCUGGAUUUGAAUACCGGAGAGUUGACGUUGGAUUUCUCCGAAACUGUGAAUGUGGAUAGUCUAGAUGUUGCAGGUAUUAUUCUGCAAAAUACACCAGCUGCUAAUCUUUCGGAUCUUAUGUAUUUUGCAUUGUCUGCUGAAGAUGGUUAUCCAAUGGGAUCUGUAUCUUUCAGCGAUAAUAGCUCAUUAAUUAUCAUCAGUUUAGGAUCCCGUGAUCUAAACGAGCUGAAACGAUUGGCCGAUUUAGGUACAGCAACGAGCAACACAUACAUCUCCAUCAGCAGUCAGACUAUUAUAGACAUGGUAUCCAUUGGUAACUCGGAGACACUACCUGAAAAUGCAAUCGCAGUUCUUUCCGAUCCUAUCCCAGACAUUACCCUCCCAGAACUCGUUAUUUUCUCGCUGGAUAUGACGGAAGGUAGGUUGUACUUGACAUUCUCUGAGACUGUUAAUGCCUCUUCUCUAAACGUCAAUGGAGUAAUUGUACAGAACACCAGCAACAGUUUCCGUGACAGAGUUCAGCUAAGGUCAAAUCGCGGCUCCAGGACAGUAAGCAAAGAUGGUAUAGUGAUAAGAUUAGACAUCGGGAGAGAUGAUUUGAAUGAUAUGAAGCGGAACAGAUACCUUGCCACUUCUAACACUGAUACUUAUCUCUUCUUGGAGGAUUUCGUCAUAGCCGACAUGUCAGGAAAUUUGAAUGUGCCGAUUUACAACCCCAAUGCCCUCCAGGCAUCCAAUUUCACUCAAGACAAUGCUAAUCCAUUCCUAUUAUCGUUUGAUCUGGAUCUUAAUCUCGGACAACUUCUGCUAACAUUCGAUGAAACCAUAGAGACGUCUUCGCUAAUGGUAGCAGAGAUUCUUCUACAGAACGUGAUGGACAUCACAGCCACUGAGCUAUUGAUCAGCGGCAGUGGUAGUGGAAGUGGAUCUGGUUCGGGCAGAAUUGCUCCUGUUACCAUAGCAAUUGACAUACAAAUGCGGCAGCUAGUUGCAGGCACACCACCUCUGUACAGUCUGACAUUAUCUGGAGAUGACCCGAUAGUGAUCGUGACGCUGGGAGAGUAUGAUUUGAACGAGAUUAAACGAUUACCUAACCUUGCUACGAGCGUCAACAACACGUAUGUUAGUUUCAGUUUCAAUACUGCUAUUGAUAUGAACGAGAAUUAUGUUGUGAGUGUGUCCUCGAUGGAAGGAGUCAUGGCAACGCAGCUUACGUUAGAUACCACACCACCUACUCUGAGAAGAUUUGAUCUGGAUAUGAAUUUGGGACAAAUUUCUUUCACUUUCGAUGAGACCGUUGAUUCUCAAAGUUUGAAUGCCACGUUGAUAGUUCUCCAAGAUGCAAUAAACCCGUCCAUCACUUACCAACUAACUGAUGGUACAGUGAUAACAGAAGACUCCACCAUCGUCGUUCUGCAAGUAACAAACUUUGACUUGAAUUCUAUCAAGCAGAUUACCAACAUCGCCACUGGAAGAAGCAAUUCAUAUUUGAGGCUGCUAUCAGAAGCUGUUUCUGAUACGAGCAGUGUUUCUAUAGAAGCAAGCGAAACGUUCCAAGUAUCAAACGUUACAAUGGACGUUACUUCCCCCAACUUGGUGUCUUUCGAUCUGGACAUGAAUGCGACCGAACUAGCCCUGGUAUUUGAUGAAACUGUCAACACUACUUCUCUAAAUGUGCAAGGCAUCUUGCUGCAAGAAUUCAAUGAUACCCUAGGGGAAUAUUACGUACUGACCUCAGGAAGUUUUACAAAUGAUCCAGACGCUACUACACUCACUAUCGUACUGUCUAGAGAAGAUGCAAAUGAGAUCAAGAGAAUGACAUCGCUAGCCAUCGAUGAUACCAGUGUGUAUAUUAGUAUACAGAGUUUAACAAUUGCAGAUAUGAACAGAAAUGCAGUAAAUAUAAUUCCAUCAACAAAAGCUCUUCCUGUGUCUCUGUACACUGUUGAUGAGACAAGACCUAACUUGGAGCAGUUUCAUCUGGACCUAGACUCCAACCAACUCAUCCUCACUUUUGACGAGACAGUGAAUGUUAACACGCUACUAUCAGCUGGUUUAACAAUCCACAAUGAAAUGACUGUCAAUACAUCCCAGUACAGUGUGAGACUAACUGGAGGUUCAAUAUUGAACACAGACAACAGUCAUAUUGUAUACAGUCGAUUCAUACUCGAUGAUGUCAACUAUAUAAAACUGAUCCCUGAAUUUGGAACUACCAUCAACAACACCUACCUCACAAUCAACGACUUCUCCAUUAUUGAUCUUAGUUUCCUAAAUCCCAAUGGAUUAGUCGGAACAACACUGCAAGCCUUGGACAUAAUCCAAGAUCAAGUUACUCCAGUUCUCAACAGGUUCAUGGUGGAUUUAAAUCUCGGAGAGUUGGUCCUGUUUUUCAACGAGCCUGUGAAUUCGAGCACAUUCGAUGCCUCAGGGCUGACUGUGCAGAACGCACAACGGUCACGAACAGGUAUAGUCUUGUCAACCAGCUACACUUCUUCUGGGAAUGGAGAGAUUAUAUUAAUUACUCUGUCCGAUGAUGACUUAAACGAGAUCAAAAGAAUUGAUUCUCUCCUUGUGAGUGAAGAAACAUCUUACAUCACCAUCACUCCGAAUAUUAUUCAGGACAUGAACGGAAAUCUCGCUUACCCGAUAAUCAAUGGAUUUGCAUUAAUGGCUAAUGGUUAUAUCGAGGAUGCUAAUCGACCUGCUAUCACUAGGUAUAGUGUUGACAUGGAUACUGGUGAUGUCAUUCUGUUUUUUUCCGAAACUGUUAAUGCGUCGAGUUUUGAUUGCACCCAGUUGACCUUUGCUUCGAGUGAUACCUGUAAUAAUAGCUACACGCUGACUGGUUGCUAUGUCGAUACAACAAACGCAUCUUUCGACAGCAUUGAUGUGGGAACGAGUGGUUCAGGUAGCGGAGACUUUGGUAGUGCAAUGAAAUGGAUGACUCAGUUCCACUACUCCACUUAUAUCCCGUUCUCUCUCACACUGCAAGAUUUGAACGCUAUUAAAGCUCUGGACAUUGCUCGAUCACCUUCAACAACGUAUCUCUCUUACACCAACGAGACUAUUCUUGAUCAAAACGAUCGCCCCCUUCUCAUGAGGAACUGUACGACCAUGGGACAACCUAUCGAGUUAAGUCUGUACACUCCUGACAUGACAUCACCAGAAAUAGUAAGCUACAAUGUAUCAAUCGAUGCUGGAACAAUUAUUAUCUCCUUUACUGAGACUGUAAGGACGUCCACUCUACAAGUUAAUCAGCUGAUGCUACAUAAUAAUGUUCCCAAUGCUACACAAUCUCAUGCCCUGGGGCUAGACGUUCGCACGCGAUCAUUUGAUGGUCCAACUGAUAUAGUAACUAUCUACUUAGCUCCUGACGAUCUGAAUCGAAUAAAAUUCUUGCAUGAACUUGCCGUUUCCCAGGAGACCACUUUCCUAGCUGCCACUACAAUGGCCGUUGCAGAUACCAAAGGAAACCCGUUGGUAGCCAUCGAUGCUAAUUCUAGCCUGGAGGUGCUUGGAUUUGAAGCGGAUGGAACACCUCCAGUGUUGUUAAUCUAUGUGCUGGAUCUCAAUUUAGGGCGUAUCUCGUUUACUUUUGAUGAGACUGUUAAUAUAAGUACGCUUGAUUUCUCCCAGCUAACCAUUCAAGCAGUGAGAGAUUUGGGCAUAUUUGAAACCAGUACUGGACUGAACACAACUAAUACUACUGAUUCCAGCGGCAGUGACACUGGUAUCGAUUUGUCACCGUAUGAAGAUUGUGAUAUUGUAUUUUAUCAACUAACCAAUGGUUCUCUAGUUUCUAUGAGGAAUAAUAUACAGCUGACGUUUGCGCUAACUCUCGACGAUCUGAACAAUUUGAAACGUGAACCUUGUUUAGCUGUAUCCAGUGACUCCUCCUACUUAAGCUUUGAAUCAAGCUCCAUCGAAGAUAUCAACAGAAAUGGAAUUGAUGUUAUCCCAAGAAACGAUUCGUUUAUGACAACUAAUUUUAUUAUGGAUGUUACUAAUCCAUCGUUGCUCCGAUUUGACCUCAACCUGACCUCUGAAAUACUAACUCUGUAUUUUGACGAGACGGUGAAUGCAUCUAGUCUAGAUCCGGCCCAGAUAACGCUUGUAAUGAACAUGGUGAUGGUUGUUUCAGAUAACAUAACUGUCGUUAACAGCACUUAUGACCCAGUGAAUAUGACCUUCAUUAAUACCACUUCGUUCGAAUAUUUUGAAUACGAAACCACUGUUUCAAAUUAUACUCUAAUCGGUGGAAAUGUGUUGUUGGAAAAUGACCCCGUGCUGUACCUAACUAUCUCGCUGGAAGAUCUCAAUAAUAUCAAAGCUAUUACGAACUUGGCUACAAACAAUGUUACAACAUUUAUCAGUAUCACGAAUCUCACUGUACAAGAUAUGAACAAUAAUUAUGUGAAUGGAAUUUCAGAGUUUGAUUCCCUCAGGGUAAACACAUUCACUGAAGAUAUGACACCUCCGAUACUAGUUGCAUUCGAUCUCAAUUUAGAUACUGAAAUAUUGACAUUGUCAUUCUCGGAAACUGUGAAUGUGUCAUCGCUAAUGUUGUCCGAAAUCACUCUGUUAUCUGAUAGUAGUAUCUCACCAAGAGAGCGAUGGAGCUUGGUGGGGGGUCCGUAUCCUCGGUACAGUCAGUCCACCAGUCCCAAUCAACCCAUUGUCAUCGUACGGUUAGGAUAUGUGGAUAUCAAUGAAAUAAAACGAUUGACUCAAUUGGCAACUUCCAAUGAGACCACUCACUUGUCCAUCACCCCUGAGGCUGUUAUAGACAUGAAUACGAAUCAAGUGGUACCAAUAUCAUUUGAUACUGCACAACCAGUUCAAGAAUAUACUGAAGAUACAACUCGACCAGAGCUAGUACGAUUUGACCUCGAUCUAAACAUUGGUCUGCUGACUCUAGAGUUCACUGAGACUGUUAAUGCAUCUUCCCUGCAACUGGGACAGCUGUUGAUUCAGAGUGACUCCAGUUCUCCAGGCAGCUAUCUAUUCAUCUACAACAGUACCGUCUCACCCGCAGAUAGUCCCUUCCUGUAUGUUGAGUUCGGAUUUAACAUUAUGAACGAGCUAAAACUAUUCGAUGACCUAGCUACGAGCAAUAACAACACGUUCCUAUCGUUCCUAAGCACAUCUCUGGAUGACAUGAACAGUAACCAAGUAGUGGCCAUUGCUAACACCUCGGCUAGAUCCAUUACCAACUUUACUGCUGAUACCAAUUGCCCUGAGCUAGAAGCCUUCGAUCUUGAUAUGAAUAUCGGAGUUUUGACGCUGUCUUUCAACGAGACAGUUCGUGUAUCAACUCUCAACACUGCACACAUCACUCUCGUACAGUUCCCUGACACUGAAAUAGGAGAUCAAGGAUCAGGAUCUGGAUCUGGAUCUAGUGGUAUGGGUGUGGGUACACUGGAACCAGGUUUGGACUAUUACACGCUAACAUCCGGUGUUGUACAGGACUUAAACUCUCAUAUUGUUACAAUAACGCUAACACUGUUUGAUCUAAACGAAAUCAAGAAAUUGAGAAGCCUAGCUACCUUCUCUAACAAUACACACCUCCGAAUAACCGAGCAGACUCUAGAUGACAUGUAUAGCAAUGAUGUCGUGCCGAUAGAGGAAGGAAUAAUGGUGACCACUUUCACGCGAGAUACCACACCCCCUGAUGUCGACUCGUACACUCUGGAUGUAAAUCGUGGCUUACUAACAAUCCUCUUCACGGAAACGGUUGACACACUUACUCUGGUUAUUCCAGGCACGGUAACUUUCUAUAAUUCCAGCAGCUUUGAUGGUAUCUCAUACAGCCUGGUUGAUAGUGUAAGCUCCUCCUACGAUGGUCCGCUGAUUGAGAUUGUACUGAGUGCACUGGACUUUAACCAACUUAAAUUUAUCCGAGGAUUAGCGAGUGAUGGCAAUAAUACUUUCAUAUUCCUAAACAGUACAGUGCGGGAUAUGGUAGGAAACGUAGUCACUUCGCUGUUCAAUGGUUCAAAUGAAACUAGACCAGCCGAUGUUGUGAUAGAAGAUAUUACCAAUCCUUCUCUGAACAGUUUCGAUUUCGAUUUGAAUAUGGGUCAGUUGUAUUUAACAUUCUCUGAAGUUGUUGACGAAAUAAUCAUCACUGAAUUUGUGUUCCAAAAUGAUUUGAAUGAAUCUAAUACAACAUCCGAGUACAUUCUAACUGGCGGAGAGUUAUUCGGUCCUUCUUUGUUGCCCAAUGGUCCUGGCUAUCCACCUAUCCUAACAGUGCAACUAACAGCAACGGAUCUUAACGCUAUCAAGGCUCUACGAGAUCUAACCAUUUCCAACGUAACCACUUAUCUCUCCAUAUCUUAUCGUGCUGCAAUGGACGCCGUUGGUAACAACAUCACACCCAUACCACAAGGGGACGCUCUACAAGUGACAACAUGGCUACCAGACAUAUCAAGUCCUGUCCUCACCAACUUCAGCUUCAGUGCAAACUCUGGUAUCCUACAGCUGAUAUUUGACGAAACGGUUGCCAUAGAUACCUUCAACAGUACACUAGUGACCUUCAUCAACCCCUUCACUGAGACCAGCUAUACACUGUUGUUCCAUCCUCCGGAGAGAGAAGCUGUCUUGUCAAUGGAGGACUCACCUCUCGUAUCUCUGACACUUGCGAAUGAUGACUUGAAUGAGCUAAAAAUCUUAACCGAUUUAGCAUCUGAAACGAACAACACUUAUAUUCAGCUGCAAACUACAACUGUGCUGGAUACAAGUGGGAACUUCCUGGAUACGAACAAUAUGCCACUGCUAGCUGCUAACUUUAUAGCAGAUGAAACCAAUCCCGAGUUAGUUGCUUUCGAUCUCAAUAUGGAUAAUACAAUACUCACACUAUAUUUCUCUGAGACUGUGAAUGUCAGCUCUCUAGAUAUAACGGCCAUUACGAUUCAAGAUAGCAACUCCUCUGUUUCGAUCUCUUACACGUUUCUACCCAGUUCUCCCGACAACACAUUCACUGUAUCCCCCAAUGGUCCGAUAAUUGUUCUAAAUAUUGGACAAACGGACUCUGAUAAUAUCAAACGAAUUGACGCACUUGCAAUAGCUGCAGAAAACACGUUUAUCAGUAUCACAAACGUCACUGUUGCGGACAUGGUUGAUCUGCCUGUGGUUGAAAUUACACCCUCCAAUGCUAUCAAGGCGCAAGAAUUUGUUGAAGACAAAACUAAUCCCAUGCUAUUGGAUUUUGAGUUUGAUUUAGACGAAGGUAUACUCACUCUAACAUUUGACGAGACCGUUAAUAUAUCAUCGAUUGAUAAUACGCUGAUAACGCUACAAGAUCCCACGCCCACUGUAAGUCACACGCUAACGAUGGGUGGGGCUAUUGGUAUCAACGAUCCUGUUGUAACUGUUCCAUUGGAAUUCUUCGAUCUCAACCAAAUCAAGAAAAUACGAACUCUUGCCACUACCGAUAGCAAUACUUACAUUAACGUGGCCUCAGGCACAAUUCUCGAUAUGGUGAGCAAUCCUUCAGAUCCAGUCAUACUCCGCACUUUAAACUUUACUGACGACACGACAAUGCCUCGAAUUGAGAACUUUAUGGUCGAUUUAAACGCCAGCGUAUUAAUUUUGAAUUUUGACGAGCCUGUUGAUCGAACAACACUCAUAUUCCAGCAAAUCACUCUUCAAUCUAGUCAAGUACGUUCAAACGAUGCUGACCUAUAUUACACCCUACUGGGGGGCACCUCUGCUAGUCCGGACGGACUGACAAUUCGUAUCGUGUUUAACAUUCAAGAUCUGAACGAGAUAAAGAGACGAACUGGGCUGUUUGUAAACCAGGACACAUCCUGGAUCUCGUUCACCCCCACGUUGAUAUCGGACAUGCGUGGGAAUCAAGUUGUACCUGUAUCUCAUUUCGAUGCAUUGCAGGCGCUCGAGUUCCAAGCUGAUGCUACGAGGCCUCAUCUGGUUGAGUACCACCUGGACAUGGACGCCUCCAGGCUACAUCUCACAUUCCUUGAAACCAUUAAUGCAUCAAGUAUCAACUUCACCUCAUUCACACUGCAAGCCGACUCUCACAUUAUCGACGAUUUCAAGCAGUACAGAUUACAAGGCGGAGAUUUAGAGUCGUACAAUUCCAGCACUGAGAUUACUAUCAUUAUCACGCUUGACGAUCUGAAUGAGAUUAAAUCCAGAGAGAUUGGAGCAUCAACGGAUACAACAUGGCUUGUGAUCGAAGCUACUGGCAUCAAAGAUAAGAAUGGAUUGGCCUUAAUACCGUUAGUCAAUGGCAUUAAUGCUUUACAAGCAAGUAUGUACACUAUUGAUACUACCAGGCCUGUACUGGAGGCAUUCAACCUUGACUUGAACACUGGGGAAAUUACGUUCAGCUUCUCCGAAACUGUACGAGCUAGACAUUUCAACCUAACAACUGUUACUAUACUGAAUGGUCCAAUUGCCACAGGCAAUGAUAAUUUGUAUGUAUUUUCAAACAUUGGCACAAGACAAGUUAGAGAUUGGCCGGUGAUAACAGUUCAAAUUUCAGAUUUUGAUUUGAACGAGCUGAAGAGUAGACCACUUCUAGCUACUGCAAUAAUAGACACAUACCUAUCUGUACGAAGCAGUACUGUAUUUGACAUGCAAAUGAAUUAUCUGAUACCAGUUCCGAAUGGAGACGCUCUACAAGUUAAUGCAUUAACAUCUGAUACCACUCCUCCCGAACUUAUUCAAUUUUCGCUCGAUAUGGACUCUGCAAAUUUGACCCUUACUUUCAGUGAGCCUGUUAACGCUAGUACGCUAAUGGCUGAUGGACUAACACUUCAUAACCCUGCUGAUGGAGUAUCGUACACGCUGAGCCGUGGUUUCGUGGUUGACUGCUUCUGUACUAUCGUGGUGAUGAACUUGAACGAUUUUGAUGACAAUUUAUUGAAGAUACGACAGUCCCUAUGUACCGUAACCGCUGCCAACGAUUGUGCUCUCAAUAUCACAGCUGGUUCAGUCUCGGAUACGAGUGGCAUUCCGAAUAUUGCAUCCUCUGUAUCUGCAACAAACGUUAUCGCUGACGAGACUCCACCCUAUUUGGUGUACUUUGACCUUGACUUGACGACAGAGGAACUGAGAUUAACAUUUUCAGAGGUUGUACAAGUAUUACCCAGUAUCCCCCUCACAAUCGCACUGCAGACUACACCUUUCGAAUUUGAUGCACUGAGCAACGACAGCAGAGGAGUCAAUCUCGAUGAGAACCGCCCAGAAACAUUUGUGGGAUCGUUGAGAUCGUACACUCUAAGUGGCGGGCUUCUGGGGGGCCCUAAUGAAAUUCCCACUCACCCCCCUGUUCUAAUCGUAUCCCUGACAAUGAAAGACGUAAAUAUUCUGAGCAGCUUGGAAUCAAUUGCCACGAGCAAGGCAAAUACUUACUUGCUCAUUUCAGGUGAUGGUGAGUCAGUGAUGGACUAUUAUAACAACCAGCUUGUCGGUAUCACCAAUAGCAACGGAAUGCAAGUCCGACAAUUUACCAUUGAUACAAAUCGACCCAGUUUAUUAAAUUUCUAUCUUGACAUGAAUCUCGGACAACUCACUAUACUAUUUUCCGAGACCAUGAAUCGAUCAAGCGUGAGCACAAUCGGGAUAUCGCUGCAAGGAAGCUCCAACUUUAGUGACAGUGAUAUAUAUACACUAACUGGUGGCUACUCCAGUAGCUAUGACAACCCGGAGAUACUUGUGCAACUAUCAAUCGAGGAUACAAACGAAAUAAAACGAAGGACACAAAUUGCUACCAUGGAAACAAACACGUAUAUCUCAAUCUUGGACAUAACGAUUGCGGACCAAUUUUCUAACAGAGUAAAUGAAGUACCGUCAACCAGUGCUGAGCUGGUAACAGGUUUUAUACCUGAUACUACUAGACCUGUACUGAUUGAUUUCUCUCUGGAUCUGAACACUGGCAUCCUCCACCUCACCUUCGACGAGACUAUCAACAGUUCUUCCUUCAUCAUUGAGACACUCACUCUUAGCAGAAGUGCUGGUAGCGAUGUAACCAAUAUCACGCUAUCACAGGGAACCCUUCUAACCAAUGACAGUACAGUCCUGUCUCACAUGCUAUCAAUUGCGGACUUGAACGAAAUCAAACUUAUCGAUCUUUGCACGGACGAGCUGCUGGGUGCAGACUGUUACGUUAUAUUUUCAAACGAAACUGUUUUGGAUAUGAACGACAAUGCACUGACUGAAGGCCCUACUAUAAGAGUCAAUCCUUAUGUAAUGGACAUCACUGCACCUGAGAUUAUAUACGUUGCUGUAAAUAUGUCGUUUGGGAACGUCUCUCUAAGAUUUUCAGAAACUGUCAACAUCAGUACUUUCGAUCCAACUGGAAUAACACUUCACGAAUCUGAUGACCCAACACUUUCUGCUAUCGCUUAUAAUCUCACCGGGGGUACCAUAGUAACAACUGAAAAUGGACUUGUAGUUGAUUUUUAUUUCAAUACUGUUGAUUUGGAGUUUUUGAGACAAAGAGUAGAUGUCUUUGUUAACAUCUUCAGCACCUUCAUAAGUGCAAGUUCAAUGACAAUCGAGGACACCUCUGGAAUUGCUCUAGCUCAACUCAACUACAGAAUGGCAGAUGAUUUCUUUGCUGAUGUUAUCGGGCCUCAUUUAGUCGGAGCAUUGUUGGACCUGACGGAAGCUACUUUGCAACUCACUUUCAGCGAAACUAUUCGAUCUAACGCUUUCAGACCAGCAGGAAUCACUGUCCUCAACGAUAGCUCUGUAUCGGGAGCUGUACUGUAUCAGCUGACAGGGGGUGAGUUCGCAAGCGGACCAUCGCUUCAUAGUACAAUCAUACUGCUGAAUUUAUCACCUGACGAUCUCCUUGAGAUACAAGCCAGAGAACAAUUAGCUAUUUCUUCCAACACAACUUACAUUCUUUACAGCAUGGAUGUAGCCAGUGAUCUUGCAGAUAACGUUGCUAUAGUUAUACCUCCCCUGCAAGCCGAAUUCGUUGGUGAUAGAAUCGAUCCAAACAUUUUCGACUUUUUGGAGUUGGAUCUUGGAUUGCGACGGAUGUUGGUUCAAUUCAACGAACCUGUUGACAUAGCAACGGCUGUACCUACCAUGUUUACGCUACAAGAAUUCCCGGAUAACAUUUUCCAAAGUGGAGUGAAUAUAACUCUAACUGGUGGAACUUUCAGCUACUUUGAGCCUGAUGAUAAUCAGAAACGAAUCUUAAUUCUUGAUUUCAAUGCCGAAGAUUAUCGCAGGAUAGUACUAGAACGUAGAAUAGCUACAUCUAUCCUCACCACACACAUAUCUUUACCAGUUGGUGCGGUGUUUGAUUUCGCUGGGAACCCACUGGUCAAUAUUCCCCCCAACAACGGUCGACAAGUGGUUACGCUGAUGGAGGACAACAUAAACCCUCGUCUACUCAGGUUUGAUCUGGACGUUGACUCCGGAGAGCUGACACUGCACUUAGACAAUGUUGUGAAUAUUGCUACUCUCAAUCCACGGGCUAUCACAAUUCAAGACAACAGUUUAGCUACCUCCUCGUACAGUUUAACAGGCGGCUCUUCCAACAGCAUUCCUGAUUACAUCAUCACGGUCAACCUCACCAGCGGAGAUCUGAACGAGAUAAAAGCCCUCAUUCCGAUAGCUACUGAUGCGUCCAAUACCUUCCUAACUAUUACUGCUGAUCUUAUUGACAGCUUCGGAGGUGCACUUACAGAAUAUGUGGGAGGGGCUGGAAUGGAUUUACUCGCUAUUACUACUGGUAUCAGAGUUGGAAAUUUCACUGGAGAUACGACAGAUCCGUACUUGGUGCGCUUUGACCUUGAUUUGAACUCUGGCGAGCUAUUACUGACGUUCAGCGAGACUGUGAAUGCGUCCAGUUUGGAACUGACUCAAAUUGUACUACAAAAUGAGCGUAUGAGGAAUGGGAAUCAAACUCAACAGUUUAGACUGACUACACGUUCCAAUGCUAGUCCGACAAUGUCUUCACUUGAGGAUAGUACUGUGAUUCUGAUACAGCUGGGUUUUGAAGAUAUGAACGACAUCAAAAGAAUCACUGAUCUUGCUACUGACAAUACAACAACUUUCAUCUCUUUCCCAAAUUCCACUAUUUUAGAUAUGAGGUCCAAUCCUGUUAUCGAGAUAUCUGAGUCUGAUGCUGCCGUGGUUACAAUCUUUUCCGCUGAUCUAACCUCACCAAGCUUGUUCAACUACACAUUUGACUUGAACUUUGGACUAUUGCACCUGACGUUCGAUGAAACAAUGAAUGUGUCUUCCCUACUAACAUCUGGGAUAACUAUCAGAAAUGCACAAGUGCUUGGAGAUGAAACAGUCGCCCUCACUGGCUCUAGCAACACUAUAACGGAGAACGACUAUAUCGUUUCCAUAGAGAUCGGACCCACUGAUCUGAACGAAAUCAAACGACUGCAAAAUCUCGCUCAAAGUCGAAAUAACACUUAUAUUUCAAUGACAGCAGCAACCUUGUCAGAUAUGAACGGGAACCGUGUUGAACCAACUCCUAGUAGCAAUGGACGACAAGCAGCGCUGUACAUUUAUGAUGAAACACCUCCACAGCUCCUCUCUUAUCAUCUUGAUCUCAACAGCGGUAUUAUUCAUUUCACUUUCGACGAGACAAUCGAUGUGAGUUUAAUCAUGUCACAAGUCAUUCUGAUUAUUUCCAGCAGUAACAUGACGAGGUCGUUCCUUAACAUGGAAGUGUAUACGCUAACAGGUCACCUGACCCUCACUGGCGACACCACCACCCCCAGUAUUGAGCUAAUACCGGCCGACCAGUAUGCCCUCAAGCUAGACACUAACCUGGCUACCUCCAUCAACACUACACACCUCCUGAUAGGAACCGGGGCGUUCUUCGAUAUGACACGACAGAAUAUGAUUGAGGAAUUCAAUGCACCACUACAAGCCGAGAACUACACGGUUGAUGCCACACCCCCAUCCUUGCUAUCAUUCUCUGUGGAUAUGAACAGCGGUGUACUCUCUGUAAUGUUUAACGAGCCUGUGAAUAUAUCCAGUCUCAAUUAUAACUAUUUUAUUUUGCAAUCCAGUGAUGCAUUUACACCGAUGUCUGAUUUCUCUCUCACCUCGGGAUCGACUAACAGUAGUAACGGACUACUAGUGCAUAUCAUUAUCUCUGAUGACGAUCUAAACGAAAUCAAAAAGCUGGAGCAGCUGUACACCGACAUCACCGACUCUUAUCUCCGCUAUACCCAUGAUGCAGUUAGAGAUAUGGCUGAUAAUCAAGCUACAACUAUCGAGUCCUUCGAAGCUCUACAAGCCACCGCUUUCAAUGAUGACAUGACAAGACCCGCUUUGCUGGGUUUCGAUUUCGAUAUGACGGCCGAAAAUCUCACUCUUUAUUUCAGAGAGACGGUGGAUUACACGACACUGAAUACAAGCGGUAUAAUACUGCAGAGCGUUUUCAAUGCUACCAUGACAACAGAGUAUUACAGACUGAUGGGUGGUUUCGUAUAUCCACUCGAUGAUACAAUAAUUGUAGUGCAGUUAACCACGGAAGAUCUGAACCAGUUGAAGACGUACAGUAUUGCAACGUCCAAUUUCACUACUUACCUAUCAAUUGAUGAUGGCACCGUGUUGGACCAAGUGGGAGAGAGAUUGUUACCACGCUUGAAUGGCCGCUCUACAUUAUCUGUAUCCAUCUACACUCCCGACACCACACCCCCUGCUCUAAACAAUUUCUCGCUGGACCUAAAUUCCGGUAUUAUUUGGCUAACAUUCUCUGAGACGGUGCAAGCUAACACGUUUAAUGCAACACACGUCACUCUACAAAACUCUCGAGUUAGAACAUCCAAUCCAAGCACAUACUAUACUCUCAGUGUAGCCUCGAGCAACUACGCCUUUGAUCUUUAUCUUCAGAGGGUGGACAUAUCAAAACAAGAUCUUGACGAAAUAAAACGUUUGUCUACUCUAGCAACCAACGUUAACGAUACAUACAUUAGUAUUACGAGUGGUACUGUCAGAGACGUGUUUAUGAACCCUGUGGUUGAAAUCCCAUCAUCAUCUGCCCUACCAGUUAGUGAGUUCACUGAAGACACUACUCAACCGGAACUCGUAUUCUCAGCUUUGAAUCUGACAUCAGAAACACUCACUCUCACAUUUUCUGAAACUGUAAAUGCAUCUUCUUUGAUGGUGGGAGAGAUACAACUGAUUAACGAAAGCCCAGCUGAUGUUAACAGCGUGUUCUACGCACUAACUACCAGCUAUACAUCCAGCCUGGACUCUACCAUUAUUGUGAUCGAACUCUCCAUAGAAGAUUCAAAUGCUAUCAAGGCUCUAUCUGAGUUAGCUGUCAGUGACAUCACAACUUAUAUAGCGACUGGAAGCAAUGCUAUUCAAGAUAUGAACACCAACCCACUCGUUAUAAUUGAACUAACAAGCGGCCAAUUAGUGGGUGUGUUUUAUGAGGAUUUUGUGCAACCCACACUCGAUUCAUUCGAUAUUGACAUGGACUCCGGAAUUUUGUAUUUUACAUUUUCCGAGACUGUUAAUGGCAGUUCUUUGCUACCCGAGCAACUCACUCUUCUGGGAGAACAGUCCAACAAUACCGUGUACAAACACACUCUACAGGGGGCGUGGUUUGUCACGCCCAAUUACACAACAUCGCUAACUGUUGUACUGUUGGACUCUGACCUGAACGAGAUCAAGAGGCAGCGAGGUCUCGCUACAAGCAGUGCUGACACUUUCCUCUCAUUCACAGCCGAACUUGUGGUCGAUAUGAACGACAAUCCUGUUGUACCAAAAACUGAAAUCGAAAGCUUACAAGUAUCGAAUUUUACCAGGGAUGAAACUUCACCUGUCCUCCGAAGCUUUGACCUUGAUCUGACCUCUGAACUUUUGACCUUGACGUUUUCCGAAACCGUUCGAGUGGAAACACUGAAUGUGGACCAGAUUACCGUACAAAGCAGUAUGGCUUUAUCGCCUAGUAUGUACUGGACGCUACGAAAUGGAGAGGCCAUCACAAAUGAUAGCACCAUCGUGAUUAUACAGCUGGACAAUUCUGACCUCAACGAGAUCAAAAUCCGCACUGACAUUGCUACAAAAUUGAACAACACUUAUCUAUCAAUAACGGACAUGCUUAUACGAGACAUGAUCGGGAAUUGGAAUGUACUAUUACCCACGGCAACUCCACUACAAGUGACCAACUUUACUAGCGACAUGGUCAAUCCGGAACUGGAUUCAUUUUCUCUAGACAUGGAUGGCUCAGGGCUACUAACUUUAUCAUUUAGCGAGACUGUUAAUGCUAGUUCUAUUGACGUGACCAUGGUUACCUUGCACAUGGCACCCAGCAAUGUGGAUUCAUUAUAUACUCUCACUGAUGGUAGUGUUGUUAAUAGCACCAACGGCCCUAUUAUCAGGGUGCAUCUAAGCCUGGAAGAUCUUAAUCAAAUCAAGAGAGUGCCCCAAUUGGCUAUUUCUGGGAGUACAACUUACAUCAGUAUCACUCAAGAUCUUGUAGUGGACAUGAACAUGAAUCCUGUGCUUGGCAUCCCCCCAGGCAAUGCCUCACAAGUCAUGCCCAGAGGCUUCACACUGGACUCAACAGAUCCAGUGCUGCAAUCAUAUGCACUGGACCUCAAUGAAGGAACACUAACGCUGAACUUUUCUGAAACUGUUAUUGGUAGUUCGCUACUGAGGAGCAGGUUUACUCUCCAGGGUGAGUAUAACACCACCAGUACAAGCUUCACACUAACACCUGGGUCUGUGGACGAACUACCUAUUCAUUUCACUAUCGUACUGCCUCUACAAAUAUCAGAGCAGAAUGAAAUCAAAAGGCUGACAUCACUAGCUACUUCUCUGGAUAAUACUUGGCUAUCAGUUGAGCUAGGUGGUGUGCUAGACACAUUCGGAAAUAACCUUGUUCCUAUAGAAACCAGCAACUCGUUGCAAGCAACCAGCUUCACUGUGGACACUACAAAUCCAAUGCUAAUUGACUUCGACCUCGAUAUUAAUUUGGGCCUACUAACUUUGGAAUAUGAUGAAACUGUGAAUGCAUUAUCACUGAACAUUUCACAAAUUACACUUCAAGAAAGUUCUAACUCAAGUGAAUACAUGUACUCACUAACAGACAGUACUGGAAGUUUGGAGGACUCUACAAUUGUCGAAAUAUCUCUCUCGUUCUUCGACUUGAACCAGAUCAAGAAGAUCCGUGGCCUGGCGAGCGUGUCCCCAUUCCAAACCUCAGGGUCCGGAUCCGGUUCUGGUCUCCAACCUGAACUGAGAUCGGGAGAAGGCAAUACGUUUAUUGUCAUUACAGAAAACAGUAUUGAGGAUAUGAAUGAAAAUCCAGUAAUUUCCAUCAAUUCUAAUUCAGCGCUGAGAGUAAGAGACCUAACGCUGGACACCACACCCCCUCAGUUCGUGUCUUUCACUUUCAACUUAAACACGGAGCAGAUUAUACUAACAUUCUUCGAGACUGUUGACCUGUUGACGCUGGCAAUCCAAGAAUUCACGAUUAUUGGUACUUCAUCUAAUUAUACCCUCACCAACGCCAGCAGUCCAUCCAGUGAUGAUUACAUCAUUGUCGUACAGCUCAAUAUAUUCGAUGUGAACAAUAUUAAGAGAGAUCUCAAUGUUGCCGUGGACAACGCCAGUACGAUACUGCAACUCACACCGUUUGCCAUUAGCGAUAUGAACGCUAACCAAUUGAUAUUUAGUACUCUUGUGGUAGCCAACUUUUACCCCGAUACCAUAUCCCCUAUUGUACUCUAUUUCGAUCUGGACCUCAAUUCUAAUCGUUUGAUUUUCACUUUCAAUGAAACUAUUCGCGUGGAAACCCUUCAAGUUUCUGAAAUUAUCAUCCAAGAUUCCUCCGCAUUGAAUGACACUAUUGAAGGUAGCUAUCGAGUAUUUGAAUCAGGGGUUGCCCUGACAACGGACGAUACUGUGCUUAUUGUUGAACUGCUUGCAAACGAUACCAACUAUAUCAAAAGAUUCACAAACCUAGCUACGUCUGUGAAUAAUUCAUACAUCUCCGUUAGCAACCUAACUCUGCAAGAUAUGAACGGCAACCCCAUCACUUCUAUACCUGCCAACAAUUCACUUCAAGUGCGUAUAUUCGACCAAGAUCUCACUAGUCCGUCUCUAGUUUCAUUUGAACUUGACCUGACUACUGAAGAGAUUCGCUUUAUAUUUGACGAGACUGUUAACAUCAACUCUUUCGAUGCAGCCAGACUUGUACUGUAUGCUGACUCCACAACUAACAGUACAUCUUAUAGUCUCACUGGUGGAGAGAUCACCACUACGCAGAAUGACACUAACUUUGCACUGAUCCUCACCACGUACGACUUAAACGAAAUCAAGAAAUUGGAUGACCUUGUUGUAAGUGCAAACACCAGCUACCUUGUAUUUGAUGCUGCACUCCUUGUAGACAUGAACGGAAACUUUGUACGUUCCAUUGAGAGUCCUGUACAAGCAUCGUUAUUUAUAUCCGAUACUGUAUCUCCGGUGUUGUUGGAAUUCCAUUUGGAUAUGGACUUGGGGUAUCUUCAUUUGACAUUUUCCGAGACCAUUGAAAUUGGAUCUAUCAAUCCUAGCAAUAUUAUUCUGCAGAGUGAAUAUAAUUCUACCAAUAUCAGCUAUACUUUGACCGGGGGUGCAGUAAUCACACCAAACCAUCCUGAGCUGACUCUGCAAAUAUUGACAGUGGAUCUGAACAAUAUCAAGAGAAUAACCGGCCUAGCUACGAAUAUGAACAACACUUUCAUUGCAAUCACAAGCAACACUAUAACUGAUGUCAGCAAUAAUCCAGUGGUUGGAAUUAAUUCAUCUGCUGCACUACAAGCUUCUAAUUUCACUGAAGACACGACAUCUCCUACCCUCGUUUCAUUCAAUCUGGACUUCGAUGGUGAUGGAAUAUUGUGGCUCACUUUUGAUGAAACAAUUCUCGUUUCCUCUCUCAACACUAGCUUCUUGGAGAUUGUGAAUUCAGACAGAAUUGAUAAUAUCACUGAGAAAUUUGUAAUUUCAACAAGCGUGGCACUAGAGAAUAGAACUGAUGAUCCAAUUAUCCCCAUCUCUCUCAGUCGCUUCGAUUCAAAUGAAAUAAAGAAACUCACAGACCUAGCCACAGACGCAAACAAUACCUAUCUACUUAUGGAUGUAAAUUUCAUUUCAGAUAUGAAUUUCAAUGAAGUAAAUUCCGUUACCAACCCACAAAGAGUCUCUGCCUACACUCAGGACACGACACGCCCCCAACUGGAAGCAUUCACUGUCGAUAUGGAUACUCGAAUAAUCUAUCUGCAUUUCUCUGAAACUGUGAAUGUAUCGUCAUUUGAUGUCACCGGGGUAACUCUUCAAGAUGAUGCAUUUCCAAUCGGUCCUUCUCUUGUUCUUUCCAACCUCUCCUUCGUAAGCGUAGGUAACGAGCCAAUCAUUCCAGUGCAAUUAAGCACCUUUGAUGCCAACCUUCUAACAUCCAUAACCAAUUUGUACAACAAUUUGAAUGACUCUUACAUCAGUGUGAUGAACUUCACUGUUUCUGAUAUGAAUGAAAACGAACUUGUUCCCAUAGAAACAGAUUCUGCACAUCAAGCUAUUGAGUAUGCGAUUGACGUAACCAACACUACUCUCAUGAGUUUCUCAGUCGACCUUGACAACUGGACUAUUAGUAUCUCAUUUGACGAAACUGUUGCCUUGGAAACUAUCGAUUUCACAAAGUUCCACAUCUAUUCUGACGAACUUGGAACAAUUAACAUCACUCUCUCCAAUGGUAGCUACAAUCUCCCCUACACACACAGUGUCGUUUUGUCACUCAUCGAAAGUGACGUUUGUCUUAUAAAGAGGACCCAGAAAAUAUGGACCACCCGAAACAACACAUGGCUGCUUGUUGAACAGGGGGGUAUUUUCGAUUGGAGUAUGCGCAACCCCCUGAAUGAGGUCACUAUACAAGCGCUCUCCAGCCCCAUUGAAAUGCUACCCCCUAUACUAGAUUCGUUCUCAGUCAAUAUGACGAGUGGUGUGUUUUUGCUGAAUUUCAACGAACCUGUGCAAGCAUUGUCACUGAUUUACCAGAAGAUAGUGCUACAGAAUACUCCGUUCGACAACCACACUGACUCCUACAGACUAACAGGUGGCAGAACUCCGUCGGAAAACGGAAAACAGGUUAUGCUUGUUCUGAAUUUCAGAGAUUUGAAUGCCAUCAAGGCCCACACUGACUUGUACACAUCAGCCAAUACAACUUACAUCACCAUGGAGAAUGGUACGAUCAGAGAUAUGGUGAAUAAUCCAUCAGCACCUGUUCGCGGUCUACCAGUCAGCUUCUACAUGGAUGACAUCACUGAUCCUUAUCUGGACACCUUUAAUAUCGACUUGGACAGUGAACAGCUGUUCCUAACAUUCUCUGAAACUGUUGACGUUUCAUCCAUUAACGUGACUGGCUUUACGCUGCAAGAAGAUUCCACAGUCUCCUACAUAAACCCUUCGACAUUCCAUACCUUCACCAUGGAAACGAUAGCCUAUACUUCGGAUGUGAUUGAAAUGCUUGAUAACAGAGUUGUGAUAUUCAAUAUUUCAUUAUACGAUCUAAACGAAAUCAAGCGAAAGAGAAUUGCUGAGACAGCAGAAACAACGUGGUUGACCAUCGUAGACAACUCUCUAGUAGAUAACAAUCUACAACCCAUUAUGCCGAAUAUAAAUGGCAUCAAUUCCCUGCAAGUAUCCAAUCAUACCAACGAUACCACUUCUCCUGUUGUGAACGAAUUCAAUCUCUCUCUCAAUCAAGGAACACUGACCCUAUUCUUCUCUGAAACGGUUGACGCGACAACUCUAGAUGUCACCAAGAUAACUCUAUUUAGCAGUCGCCAACCAACGCAGUAUUAUAUGCUCACCACUAGUAGUUUGUAUACCAGAGAGGAGCUCAGUAUUGACGGCCGAGGGAUUGCUAACCUAAUAGGCAGUGGAUCUGCUAGUGGGAGCGGAAUGAUCACCAGCGGACUAUCGGGAGGUGUGGACAUGAUGAAUAUGACAUCAUCUGGAAUGUUCAGUGGUUCCGGAUCAGUGGACAUGAAUCAAUUUUUGCCUCUAUCGUCUUUUGAUUCACCGAUAUUAACGGUGUAUCUUAGUUACGAAGAUCUCGAUAAUAUAAAGAUACUUACAGAGUUGGCUACAGCCCCUAGCAACAGUUACCUAGCGAUCACGGACGAUACUGUAUCUGAUAUGGUCGGCAACAUGGUUGUUGAAAUUAAUUCCACUCAAUCUAUCCAAGUGGAAAUAUACAAUCUCGACGUUACUCGACCACAACUGAGAGCAUUCAGUUUCGAUUUGGACGCUGGAAAUUUGACACUCACAUUUACAGAAACUGUUAAUGCUAGUUCACUUGAUGUUACCCAGUUGACGCUGCUCAGUAAUCUGUGUGAGGGUACAAAUUAUACCCUCAGGACAUAUCCUCCCUAUCCAAACACCACGGCAACUUUCAGCUCCGAUGGUCCGAUUGUAGUCAUUAAUGUUGGCCACGAAGAUUUGGAUGCAAUUAAGAAUUUGAGAGCUCUAGCCUCUGCUCGUGUUAAUACUUUCCUCUUGCUGACCAAUCAGACUAUUUCGGACAAUACCGCUCAUCGAGUGGUUGCCGUGACUCCCUGCGAAGCACCCAUGGUGGCUGAUUUCACUCACGACAUCACGAGACCUGAGCUUGAGAGUUUCGAUAUUGAUUUGAAUGACGGGCGUUUGAUACUAACUUUCUCCGAGACUGUUAAGAUUGUAGACUUUUUGGAUGUCACUCAGAUCACACUGCAGUCUGCAUCAACAGCUCUAUACUACAAUCUCACCACGUACACGCUGACCAGUAACUCAAGCUCCAUGGAUGAGGACAGUCGCAUUGUGACCAUAAUGCUUGGAUUCCAAGACCUGAAUGAAAUCAAGUACAGGACGGAGCUAGCUACUGACCUUAAUUCCACCUUCAUUUCAAUCACUGAGAAUGCAGUUGUUGACCUGGCUAAUGGUGACAAUAAAGUGGUUGCUAUAGCCGCUACUCAAGGCCUGCAGGCUAGAGUGCACACAGCUGACACUACUGCUCCUGUUCUGGUCAGGUAUUCACUGAAUAUGAACACUACCACUCUCACGCUGACCUUUAACGAGACGGUCGACUCCGCUACUCUAAAUGUGAAUCAGAUAGCCAUACAGAAUGAUGUCAUGUCUUCCACGGAAUACCAUGCUUCACCGCUCUACCUAACACCUGGAGAGAAUGAAACAUUCACUAGUAGCGAUGAUAGUCAUAUCAUAAUCAUACAUCUUGGCCCCUUGGACAGGAACGAGCUGAAGAAAAGACGCAACCUGGCCAUUUCCAUGGAGACCACCUAUAUAACUGUACGGGCUGCCGCUAUUAUGGACAUGAAUAGUAAUUCAGUGACACCAAUUAACGAUGGCAGUGCACUCCAAGUUAAUGAAUAUACACCGGACACGCUUGCACCUGUUAUAAUAGAGAUUGUACUGGAUAUGAACGCUGCAACGUUGACUUUCACUUUUGAUGAAACUGUUAUGGCUGACUCGCUAUUGAUAAACUAUCUCAGUCUGCACGACUACAACAGUACAACCUUUUACACACUCACAGCUGGCCUGAGUUCAAUGGAAGACAGUACCAUCAUCACGGUAUACUUAGAUAUCAUUGAUCUGAACGAGAUUAAGAGGUUGGUACUUUGCAGAGAAAGAGACGAUUGUUAUAUCAUGCACAGAUCUCAAGCUAUCGUCGAUAUGAGAAACAAUUUUAUUGUAGCCUCAAGCAGACAAGUCGAUGUCUACAUUCCCGAUACAACUCCUCCGCAAUUAGUACGAUUUGAGACUAAUCUAACAUCGGAAAUUAUUGCGCUGACUUUCUCUGAAACGGUAAACGCAUCAAGUCUCAAUUUCACAGCUUUUGCUCUCCAAGAUUUCUUUGAGAGUGCCACAUCUUACACACUAACUAAUGGCAGUGUACAGGAAGAUGACAGUACAGUGAUUGAGUUCACCCUCGCAUUGGAGGAUCUCAAUGCCAUCAAAAGAGACACCGAUCUGUUCACGUUCCGCACCAGUUCAUGGCUAACCUACACUCAGUUCGCGAUCCAUGAUAUAGCGUUGGUUCCGAACUACAUUGAGCCUCGACCAGACACACCUGUACUAGAAGAUGGCCUCGUGACAGCUGUGUAUACUGCCGACUUUGUCCGUCCCCAGUUGUGGAACUUUGACCUCAAUCUAACGUCUGAAACACUCACACUGCACUUCUCGGAAACUGUUUUAGCUCGAAGUCUGAACAUCACACAGAUCUCUCUGCAGAGCAAUCUGGCCAGAAACAACGAGUCCGAAUGGCAUACUCUGCAAAUGGGAGAGCUACCUCUUCUUUCAACUUUAACGACUGAAAGUGAUUAUCAUAUACUCACUGUUGAGUUGGGUCUAAACGACACUAAUAUCAUCAAAGUUCUGACAGGUCUUGCAACCUCGGAAGACAAUACUUACAUCUCGAUAACAUCUUCCCUUGUCGAAGAUAUGAAUGAGAAUAUAAUUAUUCCAAUUCCAAUAACUUUCGCACAAAUGGUGCGUAUGCUACAUCCUGAUACAAUCAACCCUGACCUAAUCUCAUUUGAGCUUGAUUUGGACAAUGGAGAAUUGAUACUUACAUUUAGUGAAACAAUAAAUGCAAGCUCACUACAAGUUGGGCAGAUACAGCUGCAGUCCACCAUUGAUGGCAUGGUUACCAUCUGGAUGCUCACACCAUCACCACCUAUGAAUGAUUCCACUCUCGAUUCUGGAAUGGGAUCCGGUCAGCUCAUGAUGUCGGGAUCCGGUUCAGGUUCCGGUUCUGCCUCUGGUUUUGGUUCUGGUUCUGGAGCUAUGAACUUUGAAGGAUUUGAUGAUGCUAAUGAUACCAACGACACCAUCGUCAUGGACAGAUUUGCUCCUUAUUUCAGUUUCAGUAUGAGCCUCAACCAUCCCAUUGUAACUGUUCAACUCGGGUUUAUCGAUCUCAACCAAAUCAAGCGAUUUGCUGACCUAGCAACGUCACCAGACAAUACAUUUCUGUCGCUAGGAACUGGAGCAUUUGCGGACAUGAAUGGAAACCCAUUAAAUAAAGUACCAGUUACCAACGCUACUCAGAUCAGAGUGAUAAGAGAAGACAUUACAUCACCAGAAUUAGUAGCAUUCAGUCUAAACUUGACCUCUGAAAUUCUAACGCUCACUUUUGAUGAAACGGUAAAUGCCAGUUCUCUAAGACCCGAUAGUAUUGCUAUACAAAACGCUGAGUACACACAUUUGGUGUCCAUGAUCACAUGGUAUCGAUUUACUGGCGGAACUACAUCUAGCUUUGAUGAUUACAUCAUUGAAAUUAACUUGGAUAGCGGAGAUCUAAACGUCAUCAAUAUGUUGACUGAACUGGCAACUUCGAGAGACAGUACAUACCUCACAAUAACAAGCGACCUCAUCCGAGACAUGAAUGGAAAUCAAGUGAUUGAGAUUAUCAACGGCCGUGCUUUGCAAGUCGAUACAUUCUACGCAGAUUCGAUUCCUCCAAGAUUGCUGGAAUUCCAUCUGGAUAUGAACCAAGCUUUGCUCCACUUGACUUUCUCUGAAACUGUAAACGCUAGUAGCUUCGAUGUUACCAAGGUUACACUACAAGACGACAACAGUAACCUGAUGAACAGGACUAGACAGCUAACAACAGAAUCAAGGGACGUGUUUGAAAUAGAUAAUCCAGUAAUUUCCGUUAUACUAGGUGACAACGAUUUGAAUGCCAUCAAAGCCACGGAAAUGUUCGGUCUUGGUAUUGUGGAUACAUGGAUUGUUAUUAGCUCUAGGCUGGUGAAGGAUAUGAACAAUAAUUACGUUGAAGCAAUUCUUGAUGGACAGGCUCAACAAGCCGCUAACUUCACUCCUGAUACAACCAGACCAUUCUUAACCGAAUACCACUUUGAUUUUAUUGUAGAGGAAAUGACUCUACAUUUCAACGAACCUAUGAAUAUAUCCAUGAUUAACUACACUGCUAUCACUGUACAAGAUUCCUUCUCUGCAGACGACCACUACACACUGACAGGUGGCACUCCGAGUAGCCUUGACAACAGUCUCGUAAUUAUCAUUGCUUUUAACGACGUGGAUAUUGACUACUUCAAAACACAUUCUAGCCUCACCACUUCAGUGGACGAUACUUUCUUGUCUUUUACGAGCGAUGCAUUCUACGAUCAAGCUACUGUUCCUAACCCAGUGAUACCCAUUGUGAAUGGUACCAACGCUACCCAAGCUUCAACUUUCAUCUAUUACAAUGCCCCUAUCUUUACGUCAGUAACACCAUCAGCUGGACGAGCGAGUGGCGGUACCAUCAUCCUAAUAGAAGGUGCCAAUUUCGGUUCCUAUGGUGACAGGCCUGGAUCUAGAGACAUUGACAUCUUAGUCGACUUUUCGCCUGCUAUUAACACGACUGUUAUUUUGGACAAUACGACUGUGGCUGCCCUCACACCCCCCGCUAGGACCACACCCACUAGUGGAUCCCCUGUGGUACUGACCAUCACCAUUGACAACUCCGCUCUUAUGAUAAACGCAUCUGAUGCAUUCACUUACCUGGACCCACCUGAGAUAGAAUCAGUGUUCCCUAAUACAGCCACUCUAAUUGGUGGUACCACUAUCAAUAUCACCGGUAGCAACUUCGGACCUGCUGAAAACGGACCCACAAUAAUUGUUACUAUUGGCAACUACACUUGCGAUAACGUAACUGUGUACACCAACACACUACUAUCCUGCAUCACUCCGAGUAUAACCUUCGGGAUGUAUAAUAUUACCGUAUCUGUCGAUGAUGUCACAACUACACUGUCUAAUGUCUACAGGUCCAUUGAACCACCUAUUGUUAGUGAUAUAACACCAGGUUCCACUUAUCGAUUCCUACCAACAAGAGUGAACAUCACUGGCAGUAACUUCGGUCCUCUCUCUGAAAACGACGAAGCUAUGCUGAUAACAGUUCUACUAACUUCGGACUACAAUGUUUCCCUCUGUACCGAACCUAGAGUCAUUGUUGAAGACACAGUGAUCUCGUGCAUUGCACAGCCUAACCUGGGACCCUCAAAUGUAACAGUCAUAUUCGAUGAAAUAGAGUCAAUCCCAUCAACUCUACAAUUUACUUAUUUCGAUAAUGCUGGAAACGUUUCGUUUGAGAGAGAAGAAUUCACUAUUUCCGAGACAGAACUAUUUGCGAACGUCACGGUAACCCGACACAACUAUUCCCCCUACCCAAGUCCAGCUGCUGUAUCCUUACAAGUGCUAGACGGAACUGCAAUAUCCGGGAGACACUUUGAAGCCGUGAACACGACAUUCUACUUAGAGUCAAAUAUGACCAAAUUUGUAGUCACAAUCCCAAUCACCUAUGGCAACUAUCAGCCCGAGCAACUUCGUAAGGGAGCUGACGAUGAUGUAGUUGUGAAUCUACGUAUAUCUGAAGUUAUUUCCGACCACGGUGCAGCUGAUACCUACAGGAGAAUGGCCAUUCUGCGUAUAAAGGCACUCUGUCAAGUACUCAGUAAUAUUUGCUUGGCUGAUUGGAAUAUUGAAACCAAUAGUCUCACAUACUAUCGUGUACCAGAGGAGCUGCCUUAAGAGACUUGUAUAUAAUUAUAGUUUGGAACUUUGACUUUUGAACACAUGAUAAUUAUAUAAUAAGUAGAACUUAUAAUUAUUUUAACAGAUAACUUUUUAGUAUGUAAGAAUUAUGACUGUCGUAUUGCUAUGAACAUUAUUGUUUUGAAACAGUUCAA